AGGUGGACAAAUGACUCAACAUCAAAUCCAACAGAUCCCGGGCUUCGGCCCCAACGCCCAGCCACCAGUCUUCGAGAAGGUGUUCAGCAACGCCAGAUUUGCCCAAGGAGGUGUCGCAACCUUCGAAGGUCGCGUCACAGGCAAGCCUCAACCUACAGUAACCUGGACGAGAAAUGGAGCACCGCUCUUGAACUCCCAGAAGCACCGACUCUCGUACAACGAAUCAACCGGAGACAUAACCUUUCAGAUACACCAAAUUGGGCCAGGUGAUGAGGGCGAGUACGUAUGCAACGCCAAGAACCAGUACGGAGCAGCAAUAUGCUCAGUUUACAUUUCACCAGAGGGAAUGCAGAUGCCACAGAGGCAAGCGUUCUCGAAUUUUGAACAAAGCACUACCUAUUCUAACGGAACCACAAUCACCGAAGACUUCAAAAUCGACACUUUCGAAUACAGACUGCUGAGGGAGGUGUCCUUCAGGGAGUCGAUCACAAGAAGAACGACCUACGAAAAAGACUCGCAGAUAUCGACGACGAUAGAAAGAUCCUUGGGGCCACCAGCUCCUCCUCAAAUCUCGCAGAAACCUCGCAAUUCCAAACUACUGGAAGGCUCCGAUGCCGUGUUCACGGCUAAACUAUCGGCCAACCCCAGGCCUAGACUGACCUGGUUCAAAAACGGCCAGAGGAUAACGGAGUCGCAGAAAUACGAGAGCACCUUCUCGAACAACCAAGCCUCCUUGAGGGUAAAACAGGCCCAGUCUGAGGACUCGGGACACUACACUUUGUUGGCGGAGAACCCUCAAGGCUGCAUAGUGUCAUCUGCUUACUUAGCCAUAGAACCGGUAACCACCCAGGAAGGGUUGAUCCACGAGUCCACCUUCAAGCAGCAACAGACCGAAAUGGAGCAAAUCGACACCAGCAAGACCUUGGCGCCUAACUUCGUCAGGGUUUGCGGGGAUAGAGACGUGACCGAGGGCAAGAUGACCCGCUUCGACUGUCGCGUCACUGGUCGUCCUUAUCCAGACGUGACGUGGUACAUAAACGGUCGACAAGUCACCGACGACCACAACCACAAGAUUUUGGUCAACGAAUCCGGAAACCAUGCCUUGAUGAUCACCACCGUGAGCAGGAACGACUCAGGAGUAGUGACCUGCGUCGCCAGGAACAAGACGGGAGAAACCUCCUUCCAGUGCAACCUUAACGUCAUCGAAAAGGAACAGGUAGUCGCGCCCAAGUUCGUGGAGAGAUUUACCACAGUCAACGUGGCAGAAGGAGAACCAGUGUCUCUGCACGCUAGAGCUGUUGGCACGCCGGUGCCGCGAAUCACUUGGCAGAAGGACGGGGCGCCCCUAGCCAGCGGGCCCGACGUUCGCAUCGCGAUUGACGGUGGAGCCUCUACUUUGGAUAUCUCGAGGGCCAAGGCCUCGGACGCAGCUUGGUACCAGUGCACCGCCCAGAAUGUGGCCGGCUCCACCGCGACUCGCGCUAGAUUAUUCGUUCAAACACCACAAGGACCCACGCCCGAACCAAGACGCCUUUAUCUUCCUAGGCCAACGAAAGUCAUCGAACCUGAACCCGAACCUGGUCCAGAAGUAAUUUACCUUCGUCACGUUGAACGGGCUCGCCCCCACGCACCUCCCGGAGAUGAGGACCGAGUUUAUCCACCACCGCAGUUCAUCAUCCCCCUGAGAGAUGCAGUUCAAUUUGAGGGAGGGAAAGUACACUUCGAAGCCAGAAUUGAACCAGUUGGCGACCCAACCAUGCGUGUGGAAUGGUUUUUGAACGGAAAACCUCUGGCUGCUAGUUCCAGAGCAACGUCCAUCUUCCGCUUCGGAUUCAUCGCCUUAGAUUUAAUCAGUCUCAUCAUGAACGACAGCGGCGAAUAUGUCUGCCGCGUGACGAGCGCGACGGGAUGCGUCGAGUCCCGAGCACUGCUUUCCGUAAACGCCCGAGCAUCGAUCGAACAAUCCAGCCAACAUCCUGAUAGCUUACAAUAUAUCCAACAGUUGGAGGACUACUCCAAAUACCAAAGAACCGACAGUCUGGAGGAGAAAUCCAACCAGAAACCGCACUUCAUCCGUCCGCUCCAAGACCUGGGAGAGCUGCAGGAAGGCCGAAACGCCCACUUCGAGGCGCAGCUCACUCCUGUCAGUGACCCGACCAUGAAAGUGGAGUGGUACAAAGAUGGCCGCCCGAUAACCGCCAGUUCGCGAAUCACCACCAUCUUCAACUUCGGCUACGUCUCUCUUAACAUCAUGCACCUACGGGCCGAAGAUGAGGGAUCGUACACUGUGCGGGCAGUAAACCACUUAGGAGAAGCUAUCAGUACAUCGAACAUCAGAGUGUUCGCUAGGUCCACAGUCACCGGAGACCUUGGCAUCCCCGAGCAGCAAAAAUACAUUGAAGAAGUCGAGAGGCUGGAAGCCUAUCAGCAUCAGCAACACCAAAAGUACGUGUUGGAGUCGCCGGAGAGCACCCAGCCUCCGGUGUUCAAGACUCCGAUCAAGGACCAGAACGAAAUUAGGGAAGGCGGUUUCGCACACUUCGAAGCUCGCUUGGAACCCGUGGGAGACUCCACGCUCCGAGUUGAGUGGUUGAAGGACGGCCGCCCGGUGGAAGCUAGCUCCAGAAUCACGAGCUUCUUCAACUUCGGCUACGUCGCGCUCACCAUCAAAGACGUCACCGUUCACGACGUUGGACACUACAUCUGCCGGGCCUACAACGCUAUGGGACAAGCCACUACAACCGCGCAGCUCAGCGUGGUCAGCAAGAAGGAUAUUAUUUUCGAUUCACAACACCCAGGAGGGUUGGAGAAAAUUCAACACCUGGAAGACUCAAGUCGCUUCAGCCGCACCUCCAAGGAGGAGGUGACGGUCACACAGAAACCCAGGUUUUUGGGACCACUCAAGGGCACGAACAAGAUCGUGGAGGGACAGAGGGCUCAUUUCGAGGCCAGGGUUGAACCCCAAAACGACAUGACCCUCAAGAUAGAAUGGUACUUCAACGGGAAGCCCAUCCAGUCCGCUAAUAGGAUCCAAACGUAUCACGAUUUUGGAUAUGUUGCUCUUGACAUUCUUAGCGUCAGAGAAGAGGACGCUGGAACGUAUACAGUCGUUGCGAGAAAUGCUUUGGGAGAAGCGCAACUUUCAGCUAGUAUGAUUGUAGAAACACGUGCUAGUAUCGACACAAGAAGCAUGCACCGCAACGCAUAUGACAAAACGAAACACAUCGAAGAGUCCAAAUUCGUCGAGCCUCAAUAUGAUAUCGAAGAGCUCUGUAAAUCCAAACCAAUCUUUGUAGUACCACUCUCAGACCCAGCACCGGUGUCUGAGGGUAAAAACAUCCACUUAGAGUGUCGCUUGGAACCCAUGGGCGAUCCUACCAUGCGCGUAGAAUGGUUCCACAACGGCAGAUCCGUGACAGUGGGUUCCAGGUUUAGAACCUACAACGAUUUUGGCUUCGUAGCAUUAGAUAUUAUCCACGCCACUGCUUUGGAUUCAGGCGAAUACACUGUAAGGGCUGUGAAUCAGUUGGGAUCUGCGCACACGUCAGCUUGCGUGAGGGUCAUCGGACGAUCAGAUAUCAUCACCGACACUCAGCAUGAACAAUCAUUGGAUCAGAUCCAGCAGCUUGAAGAUUCAUCACGUUACCGCAAGCAUGUGACCGAAGAUGUUACCGUUCUUCAAGCUCCACAAUUCACGAGGUCUCUGCACAACAUCGAAACGGUUGAAGGAACAAAUGUCCACAUGGAGUGCCGUCUUCAACCAGUUGGGGAUCCAACCAUGAGAGUUGAUUGGUUCGUUAACGGGGUUCCGGUUAAAACUGGUCAUCGUUUCAGACCCGCUUACGACUUUGACUAUGUUGCCUUAGAUCUUCUCAGUGUUUACCCAGUCGAUUCAGGAAUAUACACUUGUCAAGCCAGCAACCAGCUGGGCGAAGCUGUUACUUCUUGCUCGGUAAAGGUGAUCGCUAAGAAAGAUCUAUUGUUUGAGACGCAGCACCCAGCUGGUUUGGAGAAAAUCCAGUACCUAGAGGACUCCUCGCGUUAUAAGCGCACUGAGUUCGUAGACGAACAAGUUACAGUGAAGCCCAAGUUCGUAACCAAACCGAAGAACUUGGAUAACAUGGUUGAAGGUAAACACGCCCACUUCGAAUGCAAGAUAGAGCCGGUUACUGACCCCAAUUUGAAGGUCGAAUGGUACAAGAACGGCCGCCCUGUUACAAUCGGACACAGAUUCCGCCCGAUACAUGACUUUGGUUAUGUAGCACUGGACAUCGUAGAUCUAAUCGCUGAAGAUUCCGGCACUUACACUUGCCGCGCUACAAACUUCGUGGGAACAGACGAAAUCAGCUGUACUUUGAAAUGCAGACAGUCUGGACAAAUCAUCACGUCCACUCAAAAUGAAACAGGCUUGCAGCAAAUCCAACACCUAGAAGAUCGCUCUAGAUACCAGAGAAGGGAAGAUGUAGAAGAGAUCACAACGCAGGCGCCAAUCUUCACAACAUCCCUCAAGAACGUUGAUAUCAAAGAAGGUCAAAGGGCACACUUUGAAUGUAGACUUAUCCCUGUAUCGGACUCUACCAUGAAGGUAGAAUGGUUCCAUAACGGACAACCCCUCAAGUCUGGUUCAAGGUUCACCGAAACUAAUAACUUCGGCUUCGUAGCGUUGGAUAUCUUAUACACCUACCCAGAAGACUCCGGCACUUACACAUGCAGAGCAACCAACGCUCUUGGUGAAGCAGUUACCUCAGCUGUUUGUAAUGUUCAGUCCAAGAAGUCCAUAUAUCUUGAAUCCGUGCACGAAGGUGCUCUGGAACGUUUAACGGAACUGGAAGAUUCUUCCAGGUAUCAGCGUAAGACCGUACAGGAAGAGACUAUCAGCCAAGCGCCUUGUUUCACGAUGCCGAUCAGAGACUUGAGAGUGGCAGAGAAUCAAGCUGCUCAUUUCGAAGCCCGGCUCAUUCCAGUUGGUGACUCACAUUUGAAAGUGGAAUGGUUGAGAAAUGGAGUACCAAUUCAAGCGUCAAAUCGUAUGACAACAAUGCACGAUUUUGGAUACGUGGCUUUGAAUAUGAAGUACGUCAAUCCUGAAGAUUCUGGAACCUACACUUGUAGAGCAGUCAACGAUUUGGGAGAAGCCGUAACUUCAGCAACGUUAUUCGUACAAUCCAAAGCAUCGCUUCAACUUGAGUCCCAGCACGAAGGUGCCCUCCAGAAAUUGCGCCAACUAGAAGAUUCGUCUAAAUAUCAACGCCGAGAAGAAGAAGAUAUCACCGUGACCCAAGCGCCUAUUUUCACAACAAAACUCAACGGGCCGGCCGAACUGGUGGAAGGUCAAAGCGCUCACUACGAAUGCAGAAUCGAACCUUACCCCGACUCUAACCUCAAAGUCGAAUGGUUCCACAACGGAAAACCAUUGACGACCGGUCACAGAUUCCGAACUGCGUACGACUUUGGUUUUGCCAGUUUGGAUGUCCUUACCGCAUAUGCCGAAGAUUCUGGGGAGUACACCUGUAAAGCGACCAACAAGAUUGGGCAAGCAACAUCCUCGGUAGUAACCAAUGUCAAAUCAAAAGCAUCUAUUAUCCGUGAAACUCAACAUGAGGGAGCCCUCCAAAAGAUACAUCAUCUCGAAGAUGACUCUAAAUACAAACGCGUAUCGACCGAAGAUGCUGUCAUUCUGGAAAAACCACAAUUCGGACGGGGUCUCAAAAAUAUAGAAAACCUGCCAGAGGGUUCAAGCGCCCACUUGGAAGCUACUCUUACUCCCGUCAACGAUCCCACUAUGAGGGUGGAAUGGUACUGCAAUGGUAGACCAAUUCAAACAGGACACAGAUUCAAAACCACCUACGACUUCGGAUAUGUCGCACUGGAUAUUUUGUACGCAUAUGCCGAAGACACCGGAACCUACAUGUGCAAAGCAAGGAACGCAGUUGGUGAAGCUGUCACUACAGCGUCUGUGUCAGUCGUUGCCAAGUCUGGAUUGUAUCUAGACACUCUUGAUGAACAACGCCUCACCAAAAUACGACAGCUUGAAAGUUACGAGAGACCAAAGAAGGAAGAAAUCGAAGCUCAACCUCAAAGACCGGUGUUCCUCACUCCGCUCACAAGUUUGGAAAACCUGAAGGAAGGAGAACAUGCUCACUUAGAAUGCAGAGUUGAACCUAUUAACGACGCCAACUUGAAAAUCGAAUGGUUCGUCAAUGGAGUCAAGUUGAGAGCCGGACACAGAUUUAGAACAACUCAUGACUUCGGCUAUGUCGCGCUUGACAUCCUGUACGCCUAUCCAGAAGACAGCGGCACCUACAUGUGCAAAGCUACGAACCUAGUUGGCGAAGCCGUCAAUACCUGCACUAUCAAAGUAGGAACGAGAAAAAGCAUUCUACUAGACACACACCAUCCAGAGGGUCUGGAAAAAAUCAGGGAAUUAGAAGCUCAAGGCCACCCAGCUAGGCUAGAGAUUGAAGAGCCUGAAGCAACACCUCCAAGAUUCGUUACCGAAUUACGCGGAACGACAGAAAUAUAUGAAGGACAAACCGCUCAUUUCGAAGCACAAGUUCAACCAAUUCACGAUCCCAACUUGAGAAUCGAAUUCUACCACAAUGGAAAACCUCUGCCGUCGGCUUCACGUUUUCACAUAACUUUCGACUUUGGCUACAUUGCCUUAGACAUCGGUCAUGCUGUGCCGGAAGACGCUGGCGAAUACUCAGUCAAGGCCAUCAAUAAUCUUGGACAGUGCGUUUCUUCUAUAAAGCUCAAAGUAAUCGCUAAGAGCAACAUCGUCCUGGAAUCGCAAAGACCUGAAGGGCUAGAGAAAAUUAGACAGCUAGAAGAACAGCAGCCUUACAAACGACCAGAACACGAAGAAGCUGUAACUAGGCAAAGGCCAGUUUUCACACAACCGUUGCAAAACAUUGACUCCAUCAACGAAGGACAGACGGCUCAUUUCGAAUGCCGUCUCAUACCGGUUGGCGAUCCAACCCUGAAAGUAGAAUGGUUCAGGAACGAAAAACCUCUAGAAGACAGCUCUCGCAUAACCAAAGUACAUGACUUUGGGUUUGUCUCGUUGGAUAUCACCCAUGUUAGAGACGAGGAUGAGGGAGUGUAUAUCUGCAGAGCUACCAAUCCGCUUGGAGAAGCUGUCACGACUGCAUCUAUGAAAAUUAGAACCAAAGCAAGCAUCCAAUUGGAGUCACAACACCCCGAAGCUCAACGUAGAAUUGCGCAGUUGGAGCAGCCACUAGCACCAAAACCAGACGAACCGGAGCGUGAAUUUGAGAAACCAAUCUUUACCCAAUUGCUAACCGGUCCAACUGAACUGUGGGAAGGCCAACAUGCCCACUUCGAAGCUAGAGUAGUACCGGUUGGUGAUCCCAACUUACGAUUCGAGUGGUACGUCAAUGGUGUUGAACUUAAACUUGGAUCAAGAUUCAAAGUAACCCAUGACUUCGGAUUCGUCACUUUAGACAUAUUAUCCACAGUAAAGGAAGACUCUGGAGUAUAUAUGUGCAAAGCCAUUAAUAAAUCCGGUGAAGCCGUUUCAUCAAUAUCGAUGAAAGUGAAACCCAAAUCCAACAUUAUAGGAGAACCUCUACAACCUGACGCUUGGCAAAAAAUUCAGCUGCGAGAAGCUGAGAUGAAUAAAGUACCAGAAAUGUUCGUAGAUACCACUCCUCAACAACCGCCUGUAUUCACCACUCACUUGAAGAGCUACGAUAAUCUGAUCGAAGGUCAGCAUGUCUACUUAGAAGCUCAGGUAGAGCCAAGGGCCGAUCCAAAUCUGCGUAUUGAAUGGUUCAAGAAUGGUAUUUCGCUGGCUACAGGUACACGUCUUCGUAGUACAUUCGAUUUUGGCUUGGUAACCUUAUCCAUCAACGGCCUUAGAGACGAUGAUUCAGCAAUAUACACCUGUAAAGCUACCAACAAACUGGGCGAAGCUAUUUCCACUUGUUCACUGAAAAUUGAAGAUCGUCACUGGCUCUUAGGUCAGACACUACACCCAGAAGCUUUACCAAAACUAGAAGCCCUAGAAAAACCACAUGAGCCAAGACCUGAUGCUCCAGAGAUAGUAUAUGAGCUGCCAAUUUUCAUUACUCAUCUCAACAACGUCGAGUGUACUGAGGGCGACAAUGUCCACUUCGAAUGCAACGUUGAACCAUCCAAAGACCCCACCCUCAAAAUAGAAUGGUUUGUCAAUGGCAAGCCUCUACCAAGUGGAGCAAAAUACAAGACCACCUAUGACUUUGGUUACGUAGCCUUGGACAUCACCCAUUCCUAUGAAGAAGACUCCGGUAUCUAUACAUGCAAAGCUACCAACACUAAAGGUUCAGCCACAACAUCGGGAUCAUUACGAUGCACUGCUAAACAAAGUAUCUACUUAGAUACACAACAUCCCCAAGGAAAAGCAGGUUUAGAAGCUGUCGAAGAUGUUGAGCAAGCUAUUGCUGAUAAGUAUAAGCGCCAAACGUCGGCUCCUGAGAAGGAAUUCGGUAAACCCAUUUGGGUUGUACCUCUCAAUCCUGAGUUCAGACUCGUAGAAGGACAGGCUUUACAUCUAGAAGGUACCGUAGAACCCAAAGAAGAUUCCAACCUGAAGAUCGAGUGGUUCUUUAACGGAAAAUCGUUGGAACAUGGAAGCAGAUUCAAACUUACCAAAGACUUCGGUUUCGUCACAUUAGAUGUGACAGAUGUGUAUGAAAGAGACCAAGGUAUAUACACUUGUAAAGCUUAUAACAAAUCUGGAGAAGCCUUCACAUCAACAACUAUCUACUGCACGAGCAAGUCGAACUUGAUUGAGCGCACUCAACAUCCUAAGGGCCAAGAAGGGUUAGAGAAGAUUCAGGAUCUCGAAGAUUCUCUUCACAGACCCGAAAUGCCGCUAGCUGAAUCAGAGGAAGGUCAUGCACCUGUUUUCACCUCUGAAUUUACCAACCUGAACAACUUGAGUGAGGGUGAAAUUGCCCACUUCGAGGCAGGCCUCACCCCCAUUGGAGACCAAACAAUGACUGUUGAGUGGUUCUACAACGGUAAAACUAUCGAAGCAUCUCACAGGUUCAGAACAGUUCACGCCUUUGGAAUGGUUGUUCUCGAAGUACUAGGAACUAAGAUAGAAGAUUCUGGGACUUACACUUGCAAGGCCACCAACAAGUGGGGAGUAGCUGAACAAAGCGUUACUCUUGAAUGCGUAGAACGUUACUCUGGACAGAAGCCAAAGUUCACCACACAGAUCCAAGACAUCGUGGGACUCAAAGACGGACAAUCCGCCCACUUCGAAUGUACCUUAGUACCGGUUAACGACCCUAAUCUGAAAGUCGAGUGGUACCAUAAUGGCCAGCCUAUUCUCCAGUCAUCCCGCAUAAAAACCGUAUCCGACUUCGGUUUUGUCGUCAUGGACAUAUCGUACAUUCAGAGCCAUGAUUCCGGAGAGUACGUCUGUAGAGCGUACAAUAAAUUUGGAGAAGAUUUCACAAGAGCUACUAUUUCCGCUCACGGAAAGGGUGGAGUUUUCACCGAUAGCUUGCAGCCAGAAUCGCUCGCUAAAAUUAGAGAGUUGGAGAGCCUCCAAGGCCAACAAGCUCAAGUUCCCUCCACUCCGAUAACCGAGCCACCAAAAUUCAUAACUCAGAUUCAAGAUGUUACGAAGCUCGUUGAGGGACAGAGCGCUCACUUCGAAGCCAGGCUCACACCAGUCACAGAUCCAGAUCUGGUGGUAGAAUGGUACUACAAUGGCAAAAAAUUACCACACGGCCACAGGUACCGUACCUUCCACGACUUUGGCAUUGUUAUCCUGGAUAUUUUGUACUGUUACGAAGAGAACUCUGGCGAGUACGAAUGCAGAGCUUACAAUAAACAUGGUAGUGACUCCACCAAGGCUGUUCUGAAAUGCGUCUCGAAAACGAAUUUGAUCUUGGACUCGCAACUGCCGCGGGGCAUGGAAGGAGGGUUAGAGAAAAUACAAAACUUGGAAGACUCCCUAAUCCGCACCCGAGACGAAAAAGAAGAAGUUCAGAAAGGACGAGCUCCUGUAUUUACAGUACCACUCGCCAACAUCGACAGCCUUCGCGAAGGUGAAAACGCUCACUUCGAAGCGCGACUGAUCCCAACCGACGACCCCAAACUGAAGGUUGAAUGGUUCUGGAAUGGAAAACCGCUAAGAACUGGUUCCAGAUUCCGUACGUUCUGCGAUUUCGGAUUCGUUAUCCUCGAAAUUUCACCCGUCUAUCCAGAAGACUCCGGGGAAUAUUCCUGCCGAGCUUUCAACGAAUAUGGAGAAGCAGUAACAACAGCUUCGAUGAAAGUAUCCGGUAAAAGGAGUAUUAUCUUGGAAUCUCAGCUACCUAAGGGAAUGGAGGGAACUAUCGAUAAAAUAGCGGAACUUGAAGGACUUGGAGCUGCACCAUCUCAACUCACACCUGAUGAUGAUACUGGUCGACCACCCGAGUUCAUUACGUCUCCAUCAGAUUUGGCGCUCAAUGAAAAUGGUCUAGCUCAUUUCGAAUGCAGGCUCAUUCCAGUCAAUGAUCAGAGCAUGCGUGUGGAAUGGUUCCACAACGGCAAACCUCUAUGGGCAGGUUCCAGAAUAAAAACCAUCAACGACUUUGGCUUUGUUAUACUAGAAGUUUCAGGAGUCUAUCAGAGAGAUUCCGGUCUAUAUACCUGCAAGGCCACUAACCGACAUGGUGAAGCCUCUGUAUCUUGCCAGUUGCAAGUAAGAGGGCGACAGGGCAUCAUUAUGGAGCCCCAGCUACCAUCGAACUUCCGCACUGGCACAGAAAGUAUACAAAAAUUAGAAGAACAGCUGUACAAGAGAGAAGAAAUAACGACGGAGGAGGAAAAACCCAACCCACCUCGGUUCAUCGUCGAAAUUAAGGAUAAUGUUGAUGUUCCCGAAGGCAGUCCGAUCCACUUCGACUGCAGGGUCGAGCCCACGAAUGACUCCACAAUGCGUAUCGACUGGUUCCAUAAUGGCAGACCAUUCGCCACCGGUUCCAGAGUACAUCAGAUAAACGACUUUGGCUUCAUUUCACUCGAUAUCGAUUACACAUAUACAAGAGAUGCCGGUGAGUACAUCUGCAGAGCCACCAACAAAUGGGGAUCGGCCACAACUAAAGCUAUGGUUACAUCUAAAACCAAGAAAAACAUUGACACUGACAGUCAACUACCUUCUGGUAUGAGCGCUGAGAAGUUGAAAGAGUUAGAGAAAGGACCUGUGUCCCAAGCUCCUGAAAAGGACAAGACAUUCUCACCACCCAAAUUCAUCACACAAAUACAGUCCUCGACUGUCGAAGAAUCCGAAUCGGUAAGGUUCGAAUGUCGUGUAGAGCCUAAAGACGAUCCUAAGUUACGCAUUGAAUGGUACAGAAAUGGCAAAUUACUACCAUCUGGUCAUCGUUAUAGAACGGUUUAUGAUCUGGGUUUCGUCUCCCUCGAUAUCCUGUACGUCUACUCUGAAGAUUCCGGAGAGUACGUCUGCAGAGCUGUCAACGACUAUGGUGAAGAUUUCACUAAGGCAAAUAUCUCAUGCAAAAAACUACCGAAUAUCAUUCUACAGAAUCAGGUACCAAAGGGAAUGAAGAGGUCCGAGACCCUCAUGCAAAUGGAAGCCGCUAUUAAGAAGUACACUUCGGAAGUUUACCUCACCGAAGAUGAUCUGUACGAUGUGGAUAAGAAACAGCCUCCUAGGUUUGUCACUCAAAUUAAAGAUCAAACCGAUUUAGUCGAAAUGAACACCACCAAGUUCGAAUGUCAAUUGGCUCCUGUUGGCGACCCUAACAUGAAGGUGGAAUGGUUCCUGAAUGGAAAGCCACUUCCUCACAAAAAUAGAUUUACGCCUAUCUACGACUUUGGUUACGUCGCCAUGAACUUCGGCUGGGUAUAUCCGGAAGAUAGUGGUGAAUAUCUGUGCAGGGCUACCAACUUGUAUGGAAUGGAUGAAACCAGGGCAGUGAUAAAAACCACCGGAAAACCAGGAAUCAUUUACGAAUCACAGUUACCAAAAGGAAUGAAGAGUAUAGAGAGAAUUCGUGAACUUGAAGCCGCUUGGCAAGUAGUUCCUGAAGAACCUCAAGAGGACACCAAACCGAGAUCGGCGCCAGCAUUUGUAAGCAAACCAGAACCCGUCACUAUUGAAGAGGGCGAAUGGGCAAGGUUCUGUUGUCGCGUAACUGGUCAUCCAAAACCGCGCGUGAUGUGGCUCAUCAACGGGCACACCGUUGUCAGCGGAUCACGAUACAAACUCACAUACGAUGGAAUGUACCACAUGGACAUUCCCAAAACAAGGCAAUAUGACACCGGUAAAGUGGAGGUAAUCGCGCGUAGCUCAGUGGGCGAAGCUAUUGCCGAAACCGAGCUGAAAAUCAUACCGAGACACGACGAUUACAGAGGAGUACUCAAAAACUCACCAAGACCUUGGUACGACCUAGAACUGUCCGAGUACCAACGGGAACGUGCAGAAACCGAACUAGAAAAAGUGUUCGACGAGCGAAACACCACGCUCCGCGAAAGCGGCCUGCACGUGACCGGAGUCCACGCGCAACCGAAGGAGUUCAAAGAGCCCGAAACCGAGUGGCAGAAGACUAUCAAAAAUAAGAAAGGAGAAGAAUACUACAGCAAGAUACAAGAGCUCGAGAACGAGCAAGUCAUCAAAGAGAUCAAACUACGCGAGCAGUCCCAUCAGUUUGCCAUUCCUGGGGAGAAGCUGGUCAGCAGCUCGCUCGCUAAAGGGAUGGCCCAGAAGUACGAGGAGAACCUGGAAGAAAAACCAUUCGAGGUAGAUCUGGCCCCAGUUCCGAAACUUCCAAAAGCUGAGCAACCCAAACCAAUCCCCCACAAAGAUAUGGUGAGGUUGAAGAAAACCGACAAGAGCAAGGAGUUCGUCCAGCACGAAGUUGAAAUUGACUCUAAGCAAGGCGCUUAUCCGCCCGAACCGACAGAAUCCGGAGUUCACGGUCGAGAAAUCUACGUCACGAAACAGAAACAAACUCAGAAAGAACAACGAGGCGACUUGGAAAUCACUCGCAAUAUCACCGAAACAGAAACAACAGAUGUUGAACACAAAGGCAAAACCCAAGAGAGGAUAGUGCAGGGUCAAGUGCUGCCAAGCAACCCGCCCUUCUUCACCAAGAAAAUCAAACCUUGCCGCGCUUUCGAAAAUGAGCCGGCCAAGUUCGAAGUUGAAUUCGACGGCGAUCCGCUACCCAAAAUUACCUGGUACAGGGAGGACUUUCCAAUCACUAGCUCGCCAGACCUGAAGAUAUACACUUUCAGCACCAAAUCAAUUCUUCAGAUCAGACAGGUCUUCAUGGAGGACUCGGCGGUGUUCAGCGUAGUAGCUGAGAACAGAGGAGGAACUGCCAAAUGCAGCGCAAACCUAGUCGUACAGGAACGCAGACGACAAGGCAGAGGAGGUGUUGUACCACCCAGUUUCGCAACCACGAUACAGAGCACGAAUGCCAAAGUAGGGCAGCUCGUGCGCUUUGACGCUAAAAUCAACGGCACCAAACCCAUCGACGUUUACUGGUUGAAGAACGGGAAAAAAGUAGUAUCAGACAUCAGAUACAAGACACUGGAAGAAGACGAUCUCUACACUCUAUUGAUCAUAGAAAUUGUACCGGAAGACGCUGGUAAAUACGAAUGUGUAGCUAUGAAUAACGCCGGAGAAGCUAGAUGCGAAGCUGAGUGCACGGUCGCAGCUCCAGCCUCGCAACAGAAACAAGCCAAACCUACAACCCCUGGGAGCGAAAAAGCACCAACAAUCGUCGAACCGCUCAAAGACCAAACCAUCAGAGAAGGCCAAGCCGUCAUCUUCAGAAGCAAAAUCUCAGCGAAACCCUCUCCAACUGUUAAGUGGCAGAAAGGUGAUAAGGUGAUCAAGCCUUCCAGGUACUUCCAGAUGUCCAAAGAGGGCGAUUUCUGCACACUGAAGAUAUCAGAGGCUUUCCCAGAGGAUGAAGGAGUCUACAAAUGCGUUGCAGAGAACCCUGCUGGUACCGUUACCACCCAAGCUAAACUGAAAGUGCUUGCACCUGAGACUCAGGAUCUUGCGCCAUCUUUGACGCCAAUGAAGGACGUAACUGUGACUGAAGGCAGUCCAGCUCAAUUCAAGACGACGAUUUCCGGGAAGCCCAAGCCUACCGUGCAGUGGCUGAGAGAAGGGUUCCUCAUUCCUGAAUCUCCAGAUUUUCAGAUGAUUCAAGAAGGUAACAACGCCAUCCUGUUGAUUUCAUCAACUUACGAAGAAGACUCUGGCGUCUUCAGUUGCCGCGCAACCUCCUCUGCAGGACAAGUAGAACAGUCUGCAAAACUUAUCGUGAAAAGACGUCCAGGAACAUACCGCAAAACCGCAACAACUGAUAUUUCUGAUAGGGACGAUCAGCUUAUAUACCCGAAACAACAGUACGGUCCCUCUUCGGGGGGACCAGGAAAGACCUCUCUCAAAUCUACACCAGGCUCAAGAGGUGAUGGACAAUUAACUGAUGAAAACGAACUACCUGUAGGUGACGAAACGUUACCUUGGAGACAACAACGUACAACGCAAAAACCGAUAUUCCGAAAAGACUUGGGUCAGGCGAAACCGACAGAGGAAUCUCGCGGACCAAAACCACAACAGGCUCAGCCGUGGACUGAAGAACAAGUGGUUCUGCGAAAAACAAAACAAGAAAAGAAAGAAAUCAUCAAAGAAAAACUAGAAGACGUGACUCUCAAAGCAACCAAAAAAACAGAUACGAGUACUGAAACCUCUGAGCUCAAGCAUCAACAGAAAUUAUCUCAUACUGAGGAUGUUACUAAAAUGACUCUAAGUAAAAAGGAAUAUAUUGACGAAAAGGAAAAACUAUCAACUAAAGACUGGAGGAGACCAAAAACGGACCAGCACACGAAAACGAUAUCUACAGUAGAAGAUAGCACGAUUCUUUCUUUGGAAGAAAGAGAAAAAGAAAUUUCGAAACGAACGAAGGAUGACAAGCCGACUCCUAAAGAUUGGCGAAAACCGAAGGAAACUACUAUCACCGCAAAAGAAUAUCUUGAGGACAGCACUAUACUUCAUCUCAAAGAGACAGAACAAAUAAAGGAAGCCAAGAUUGAAACCAAAGACUGGCGCAAACCCAGGAAGGAAAGCCUGGAAAGGUUAGAAAAGAAAAUGCAUACAGACGACGAGAGUUCUUUGGUUUUGUUAGAAAAAGAACAACCAAGUUCAAAACUAUGGAGAAAGCCCAGAGAUGAAGUUGCAGUUACAAGCGAGGCCCAGAAAACAGAACCCAUUCCUUGGAACAAAAAAGAAAUCAUUCUGAGAAAGACUCCACGAGAAACUAAGGAAGUACCAAAAGAGAAGUUGGAAGAAGUUGCCUUGAAACCCACAAGACGUGGAAGUGAAACAAUCACAUCUGCUGUUCAAGAAGACCGACCCUGCGACACAACCAGAGCUCCAGAAAUGACAAUUCCGGAUUCAGAAAAAAUUUCUGUAAAAGAUACUAGUUUCUUGAAAUUUGAUGAGAAAGAGACAUCUCAGGAAGUGAAAAAAAUUGAUACCAAAUCAUGGAGAAAACCUAGAGAAAGGCAGCAAGAACAAAUACCUCUAGAACAGAAACCAGAACAUGAAAUAGAAAAAUCUCCUGCCGAUACAAAAACUUUAUAUGGACAAAAAAUAAUUAAACAAACCAGACGUGGUAGCAAAACUACUGAAAUUUCUGAUUCUAGAAUUCAAACGGUAUCAACAGAAGACCAAACCAUCUUGAAGCUCAGUGAGACAGAACAAGUGACUGAAACUAGUCAACUGGAUGAAAAACCAUGGCGAAAACCCAAAAUACCCCUGGAAGAAAAAGCUGAACCAGUUCCUUGGAAUAAACAGGAAAUAAUCCUUAAAAAAACGCCUCGAGAAACUAAAGAUAUUCCAAAAGACUCUUUAGGAGAAGCGAGUUUGAAACCCACGAGGCGUGGAAGUAAGGUAACUGAAUCAGUCUCUCUUGAAGACACCUCACUUCUCAGAUUAGAAGAGAAAGAAAAAACGGAAAUUAGUCAAAAAACACAUGAAUCAUGGCAUAAACCAGGGGAAGACCAAAUGAAACCUGAACAAAUAGCAAGCCUCGAAGAAGGUAAGACUGAACCAGAAGACGUUAUUUCUAAACCGAAGAAAGUUCAAGUCGAAAAAGAAAAAGGUGAAACAAUACCUUGGACUAAAGAAAAAGUUGUCUUGAAGAAAACUGAAAAAGGAACAAAAGAAGUCAAAAAAGACUCUCUAGAAGAAGUAACUUUGAAACCGAUCAGACGUGAAAGUGAAAUAGUAGCUACCGAAGUUCCUGAGAAGCUAAAACCAAGUUCAAAAGAUGAAACAAGCACACAACCUUUCGAGAAAAAACCUAUGGAUAUAAUUCCUAAACCCAUUCUUGAGGAUACAACAAUAUUGAAAUCAACUGAAACGGAAAAGACAGAACCGAUACCUUGGAAUAAACAAGAAAUCUCUCUGAAAACGACUAAGCGUGAAUAUAAAGAGGUUACAAAAGAAACACUUGAAGAUGUAUUUCUCAAACCUUUGAGGCGCGUAAGUGAAACGGAAGUUAUUGAUAUUCGGAAGGACACUUCUAAAAUUUUUACCGUAGAAGACAAAACAGACAAGAAAUUAGAGAAGAAGGCCAAGGAUGAACUUGAAAAUGUGAGUGAAAUAACAGAAAAGGAGUCCACACAACCCGAAUUGACUGAAAAAGAUAGACCCUCAAUCGAGCAACCUGUCACUCAAUCGUGGCGUAAACCUAGAGAGGAACUAAAGUCAAUGCAACCAACUACGGAAAGUACCAAGAAAACUCCACUUGAAGAUUCCACACAACUGAUCAUGAAGGAGAAAAAUAAACCUUCAGAAGUGAUACAACCUGAAGUUGAAUCAUGGCAUAAACCUAGAGAAAAACCAAAGACAGUAGACGAAACAACAGCGGUUGAAGAUACUUCGGAGGUAAAACCUAAAGAGGAGAUAAAGCUAUCAGAAGAAGUGCCAAAGAUGAAAGAUGCAUCACCGAUUAUGAAACCAAAAUUGGAGAAAUCUGAUAAAGCUGAGCAGAUUCCUUGGAAUGAACAGAAAAUAUCUCUGAAAAAAACGAGACGAGAAAAUAAAGAGUUGGCUAAAGAAACACUAGAAGAAGUUACACUUAAACCUCUAAGGCGUAGUAGCGAAACCAUACUCACAGAAACUGAGGAGGACAUAUCAAAACUCGUAACAGUAGAAGACAAAAAACUCAAGGAAAAGAAGGAAGUUUCGAAAUAUGCCAUGGAUCAGAAAGAAAACCUCAAUCAAAUUGAAACUAGGCCUUGGCGAACCCCUCGCGAUGAAAUGAAGCCUCAAGGAAAAAUAUCUACUACUGAAAAAACUGAACCAACACCCUGGAACAAACAAGAAAUCACUCUAAAGAAAACACGAAGGAUGAGUAAAGAAACAAUCAAGGAAACACCUAUUGAAGAUACUGUACCAACAGAAGUAGAUGAAAACGAUAAUGUAACCCUGCCCGUUAAACCAUCACAAUCAGAAGAAGUAACAUCACCAAUUUCUUUGGAACAAAAAGAUCAGGUUAACGAAGUGAAAACAUGGCGUAAGCUUCCAGUGAAGGAAUCCGAAAAACUCACCGAACAGUCUCAGAGUUCAAUUGAAGAAGAAACCAAGCCAGAUGAAAAAACAAAACUACCUGACAUGGAAGAAGUAGUUCCUUGGAAUAAACAGAAAAUAAUACUGAAGAAAGCAAUUAAAGACAAGAAGGAGAUUGUUAAGAAAACUAUGGAAAGUGUUGAACUGAAACCUUGCAGAAAAGACUCUCUUGUCGAAACUGUGACUAAACCCGACGAGGAAGAGAAACAAACUAUUACCGUAUCAGAUGAUUCAGCUGAAAUCAAGUUGAAAAAGAAACCAAUUCGAAAAGAAAAAACUGAAGAUAAAGUUCCGUGCGAUGUAGGCAAUGUCUUGGAACCAGAAGAAGUGUCUGAGAAACCCGAAGAAUCUCAAAUCAAGGCAUGGAGAAGACCAAAGAGACCUGUUGGACCAGAAGAUAAAGAAGAAAUGAUUCAAACUCCGAUUCCAACUGAAGAAGGUAUCAAGCCAACUGAAGAAGAAACCAAACCUGUCGAUGGAACAAAACCAUUGGACAAGGGAGAAAUAGUUCCUUGGAACAAACAAAAAAUAGUUUUGAAGAAAGUCAUUAAAGACAAAAAAGAGGUUGUUCAGGAAACUAAGGAAAGUGUUGAACUGAAACCGGUAAGGAAAGAAUCUCUUGUUGAAACCGAUGUUGAAUCGCAAGUGGAACAAAAUAUUACCGUAACGGAGGAAUCGACUGAAAUGAAACUGAAAAAGAAAUCAAAACGAAAAGAUCAAACUAAAGAUGAAGUUCCAUCGGAUGUGAGUGAAGUCUUGAUACCAGAAGAAGUACCUGAGAAAUUCGAAGAACCCCAAUUCAAAGUAUGGAGACGAUCGAAGAAACCUGUUGAAAAAGAGGAUGAAGAAGAAAGUAUGCAAACUCAGAUUCCAACUAAAGGAGAAACAACAUCAUCUGAAGAAACUAAACUAAUUCUAGAUGAAGUUCCAUUAGAUGUGGCCAAAGUACUGGCACCAAAAGAAGUGCCCGAGAAACUUGAAGAACCCCAAGUCAAAGGUUGGAGACGACCAAAGAAACCUGUCGAGUCAAAGGCUGGAGAAAAAAUUGUACAACCUCAGAUUCCAACUGGAGAAGAAAUCAAACCUGCUAAAGAAACACAACCACUGGACGAAGAAGAUGUAGUUCCUUGGAAUAAACAGAAAAUAGUGCUGAAAAAAGUCAUUAAUGACAAAAAGGAGAUUGUCAAGGAAACAAUGGAAACUGUUGAACUGAAGCCUUCCAGGAAAGAAUCUCUUGUCGAAGCUGAUGUUGAAUCGGUAGAAGAGAAAAAAAUUAUAACCACAACGAAGGAGUCAACUGGAAUUGAACUGAAAAAGGAACCAAAACAGAAAGACAUAAUUGAUGAUGAAGUUCCAACUGAUGUGAGUGGAAUCGUGGUACAAAAAGAAGUUUUUGAAAAACCCGAAGAACCUCAAUUGAAAGAAUGGAGACGACUGAAGAAACCUGUUGAACCAGAGAAUGAAAAAAUUUCGGAAACUGUGAUUUCAACAAAAGAAGAAACCAAAUCGUCUGAAAAAACUAAACCAUCGGAUGUGGCUAAGAAACCAAAAGAAGCGCCAGGGGAAUCUAAAGAACCUCAAGUUAAAGGGUGGAGAAGACCAAAGAUACCUACUGAACUAGAAGGUGAGGAAAACAUUGCUCAAACUCAGAUUCCGUCUGGAGAGGAAAUCAAACCGUCUGAAGAACCAAGAUCACUUGACUCCGAAAAAGCUGUUCCUUGGAACGAACAGAAAAUUGUUCUGAAAAAGACGCAGAGAGACAAAAAGAAAAUUGUUAAGGAUACUAUAGAAGCAGUGGAACUAAAACCUAUAAGAAAAGAAUCUCUUGUAGAAACUCAUCUUCAAAUUGAGCCAGAAGAACAAGAAGAACUUCCCGUGACUACAACGGAGGAAACAACUGAAAUGAAACUGAAAAAGAAACCAAUUGAACUAGGCAAAAUUAGGGAUGAAAUUUCAUCUGAUAUGCCCAAGGUAAUGAUGCAAAAAGAAAUGUCAGAUGAACUGCCCGUUGAAGGAUGGAGACGUCCAAAGAAACCUGUUAAACCUGAAGUGAAAGAUGAAGAUAUUGUAGAUGAGAUGAUCGAAGACUCAAUUUCUCCCCUAAAAGAGAAAAAAACCGCAGAAGAAAGAAUUUCACUGGAUGAAGAGAAAAUUAAAUCAGACGGGAAACCAGAAGAAAAAAUCAUGCCUUGGACAGAAGAAGCUAGGAAGUUGAAAGCUCCAAAGGUCAUACAGCCAAUGAAAAAAGAAGAAGUAGAGACAGUGUCUUUGAAACCCGUCAAGCGUGCAGAACCACGAAGAGAAUUGAAAUCUGAGGCUAUUGAACUAUCUUCAGAAGAAGAACAGACGCCUGGAACUGAUAAACAAAGGCGUAAAAUCGUUAGAAAGAAAAAAGUACCGAAAGUACCAAAACAUGAUAAAACGACUGAGGACGAUACUCCUGAGAUUCAAAAAGAGUUAUCUGAAGAAUCAGAAACUAUUCCAGAAUCUGUAAUCGUGGAAAAAAUAACGGAAGUAGAAGAUACGGUCGUACUCAAAGUUGAUGAAGAAGAUAAAUCUGAACCUAAAAAGGCAAAAGUAAUAAUUAUUCCAGAAGAACAAAAACCUGAAGAUAUUACACUCAAACCUGUAUCUCGAGUUGAGAAACCAAAACAAGAGAAGGAAAUUGAGAAGGUUACUUUGAAACAUAUUGUCAAAGAUGAGAUACCUGACACUGAAAAACCCACAAAAGAUAAACCAAAAACUAAGAAGACAAGGAAGUUGAAAGAGCUACCAGAGAUCGAAGAUGGUGAUAAAUAUACCCCUGAAUUGAUAGAAAAAAUAGAUAUUGACAAACCUGACAAAGAACAAAAGGAAACACCGACAACUACUUGGAGAAAGGAGAAAAAACUUAAAGAUAUAUCACCAGAAGAAGAGAAAGUGACUAUUCAAAUUGGAAAAGGAAAAUUGCCAGAUGAAAAAAUAACUGAAGAAGAUAUCAAACUCAAACCUAUUAAAAAAGAUGGAAAGCCAACCGUAGAAAUGCCAGAAAAGUCCAAACCUUUAGAAAUACCAAAAUCUGAUGCUUCACUGGAAGAUUUCGAUAAACGAAAGUUUGAGUUGACUCCUUUAGAUGAAGUUGAAACACCUGUAACUGUUGAAAGUGAACAAUUAGUCGUACCGGAAGAUAUCCGGAAAGCGGAAGAAAUUUUGCUAGAGCCUACUACGCCUUGGCGACGAACACCGAAACAAGAGAAACAAGACACCCCUGAGGAGAAAGAGUGGCCUCGUGGUAAGAGGAAACCUCUUCCGGAAGAAGAAAAAGAGGGCAUCAAACUCAAGCCAAUUCCAAAAGAAAAGCCAACCGCCGAAGAAUAUAAAAUCGAUACUGAAAUUAUCAAACCUGAAACAGCAAUUGAAGUACCACUCAUAGAACAUGAUGAUAAACUUGAACUGGUACCCACUGAAAGGGAUCAAAAAGACAAAGAUGUGAGAAAACGAAAGAAAAAGAAGGAAAAAGAUCAAUCAGAGGUACCUGAAGACGUUACAUUGAAACCAGUACAUACACAAAAAGAAUUGGAAGAGAAGAAACCUGACGAAAUUAUUCUUCAACCAGUCGAUAUAACUCACACUCUAGAACACAUUGAAACUAAAGAGGAUAAGCCAGAAGAGAAAACUCCUGAAGUGCUAGAGGUCAAAGAAUGGAGGAGAGGCACGAAAAUAAAAGAAACCACUGAACUUGAAAAAAUCGGUAAACCCGAAAAACAGAUUUCUGAAAUUGAAAAAGUCGCACCUGAUGAUACCCUUGUAGAGAAAGAUGAAGAUAAAACAGAAGUGAGGCAAUGGAGAAGAGGUAAGAAAAUGAAAAAGGAAAAAAUUGCUGUAGACGAUAUCAGCUCCCAAAAACUGGAACAUCCGGAAGAACUUGUCGGUGAAUUGGCUCCAAGGGAAACUGUGGAGGAGGUUCCUGAAGAAGUUAAACCAGAAGAAAAAGUCCACCAAGCAAAAGAGGAGAUAUAUGAAGUGAGGAAAUGGAGGAGAGGUAAGAAAACUGUUAAAGAAAGGAGUGAAAAAGAAGAAACAGACGAAGCAGUCGAAGAAUUGAAACCAAAAGAAACUGCAACUGAAAAAAAAAUAGAAGAGCCGCUAGUCAUUGAAUUACUGCCGACUCAACUCCAGGAUGAAACCUUCGAGACGCAGCAAGAAUCAAAGUUAGAGAAAUCCGAAACAGAAAUAACUCUAAUCGAGAAGAAAAAGAUAGAUAGUAAGAAACCAGCGGAAAAAGAGGAGAAGCCACUUGAAGAAGCGCCAGAAGAUAUUCCUUUCCAAAAAGAUAUGAAGGUCCAAAUUUCUUCCAAGAAAGUGACGAUGGAAAGAAGAAAAGUCGUGUCCUUUGAUGAGAGUCAGCCAAUCCCGGAAUUAGAGAUAAUUUCACAAAAACGAACUACAGAGGUAAUAGAUAGGGUCCCCAGUGAAGAAAUUACAGAGGACAUAGAAAUGCGCGAAGAACAAAUAGUGCACAAAUCGGAAGUUCACAAAACCGUAGGAGAAAGACUGAAAAUAAAAACAAUAGCACCUAGAUUCACCAAAAGGGUUGAGCCUGUAGUUGUGGAAGAAGGAAAGCCGACGAGCCUGGUGUGCAAGGUAGAGGGUAGUCCAUUUCCGGAUAUCACGUGGUAUAAGAACGAAAAAGUAUUCCAAGCGACAGAACGUGUUUUCGUUAAUAUCGUUGAAGAUACUGUUAGUCUGGAGUUUUCGAAAGUGGAGCCGCAGGAUGUUGCGAUUUAUUCCUGCAAAGCCUCAAAUCCAGCAGGUGUAGCCACUUCUACAGCUAAUAUUGUCAUUUUAGAGAAAGAAGAAACAGGAGUGGCACCUCACUUUAUACAGCCUCUGAAGCCACAAAUCGUCGAGGAGAAAAGCGUGGCUACUUUAACGUGCACUAUCACCGGUCAACCAACUCCAAAAGUGAGAUGGCUGAAAGAAGGAAAAGAAAUCGUUUCAAGUCCAACGAGAAAACUCAGUUACAAUCCAGAAACCGGAGUUGCCAUUUUGGAAAUUCUGGAACCAACCCCCGAAGAUGAAAAGAUCUACAGCGUGAAAGCGGAGAAUAAGUUUGGCCAAGCAGAAUGUAGGGCUAAUCUGAUAAUAUCCAAAUCAGUAACUGUAUCUCAACCCGUUGUAAUGCACGCUCCUAAGAUUACGAAACCUGUUCAAGCGAUAGUGGUAAGUCCAAAUGAGGAAAUCGUCUUGGAAGCAGACUUCGAGGGCACUCCCAAACCUGAGAUAACUUGGCUCAGAAACGGCACUGAGAUCAAGCCCAACAAAGACUACGAAAUUGAAACUGGAGAGAAGAAGACAGUUCUGCGAGUGAAGAAACAGCUCACCAAGAAACAAAAAGGUGGCAAAUACGAAGUCCGCGCAGUGAAUCCGAGAGGCGAAGCAAGAUCUUCGGGUUCCGUGAUGGUUAUCGAGGAAGUCAGCGAUGCACAGCCUCCUCGAUUUACGGAACCAAUAAAACCACAACAAGCAACCGUUGGCGAAGUGGUUAUUCUUGAAGCAGUAGUAGAAUCAAUACCCAAUGCGACAUUCCAGUGGUUCCACGAGUCGAACCCUAUAGUCUCUACGCCAGAAACAAGAAUAGUUUCGGAAGAUAAUAAAUCGGUGUUACUUAUAAGUGAAGUGACACCUGAAUAUGCAGGUUCGAUCACCUGCAGGGCUGAAAAUGCUGUAGGAUCUGUCACUUGUACGGCCAGCUUGAGCGUGGUAGAGGAAACAGAGUGGGAGGAAACCGAAGAGGUUAUCUAUCCCAGGUUCGUCAAGCGCCUAUCGCCUAUUCGAGUAAUGGACGGAGAAAAAGUACAAUUCAGUUGCGUAGUGGCCGGAAAACCAAUACCCAAAGUUCAGUGGUACCACAACGAUGUGCCCGUCGUUGAAGCUAAAGAUGUCGUCAUCUCACAAGACACCGAAGGGGUGUGCACUCUGGCUAUUUCGGAAGUAUUUCCAGAAAAUGCUGGAGUGUAUACUUGUACAGCUGUGAACCGUGUCGGCGAGGCUAUAUGUAAAUCAUCCCUUAUUGUGGAAGCAUACGAGUAUGUUCCCGAUUCGGAACUUGGUCAUCUGACAGGAUCAGAAGAGGAUCUACUGGCUGAUAAGACCAUCAGCAGCGAAAUCGAUUUUCAGUCUGACAGUGAUGUGGAAUUCGCUCCCAAAAUCACUAAGAAGUUGCCACAAGUAGUAUCUACCAAAGAUGGCGACGUUACCAGGUUGGAAGUCGUAGCCGUCGGAAAACCAAAACCCGAAGGCAGGUGGCUAAAACAUGGUGAAGAAAUCAUCCCAUCCAAAGAAUUCAUCAUCGAAAACUUCGAGGAUGGUACCUCGGUACUCACAAUAACCGAAGUAUACCCAGACGAUACCGGAGAAAUAGUAUACGAGGCCGAAAACCCUUUGGGAGUCGCUGUCACGAGUACAGAACUUCUCGUUGAAACAGUUGAAGGUAUCGUUGGAACCAAAGACUACAGGAAACCGGAAUGGGUGACGCACAUGGAGGAGCUGUCCACAGCACUAAAAGCUGCCGAAAAUCCUCCAGUAUUUGUUAAAGAAAUUACCGAUAUUCGUACAACCGAAGCUGAAACAAUAAAAUUCGAAUGUCUAUUCUCUGGAACCCCCAAACCAGAUAUCAUAUGGUACCACAACGACAAGAUAAUUCGCAAUACCAAACGCGUCAAAGUCCGCAUCGAAGAAAAUAAAACCAGUAUCACAAUCAGUGAAGUUUCAGAGGAAGAUAUUGGCACGUACGUGUGUAAAGCAGUGAGUAAAAUAGGAGAGGCAGUUACCAAAGCCAAGCUAUACGUACAAGAAAUACCUGAGUACAAGAAACAGGCAAUCAUCCUUAAAAAGGCGAGAGAGGAGGAAGAGCGCAUUAAGAAAGAGCGUGUCAAGAUCGAAAAGAAAAGAACAGAGAAGAAGCAACGCCUGUCCAUGACGACUGAGGAAGAAAUAAAGCCCUUGGACGUCACUGAAAUCCACGCCAUCGAAACCACAGAGGAGAUUACGGAAACUAGAAAAGAAGAGAGGGCCAAACCUACGCUGGAUAUUCAGGAGCCUCUCAAAACAGAAGCCACUGCAACUGCUAAAAAAAUCGACGAAUUUCCAGAAGAGAAACCUAUAGAAAAAGCAAAGGAACUGUUGUCUCCCGCUGAGGCUACUUAUUCCGAACAAAUUCUAACCGAAGAAAUAAUCAAGGACAUCGAGAAAAUCCUACCUAGAGGUGACAAAGCUAUACCUUCGGUACAAACCGGAGUGUCAGAAUUAGUGGAUAUCACCGAGGUCAAUCUGGAACAAAUAAUCGAACGAUGCGAGAAGGUCAUCCGGCACAGCGAGCUCAAAAUGGCAAAGGAAGUUUCGGAAAUGCUGAGGUUCGUUAGAGCCAAAGACUUCGGUCCAGGAGAAAGCCCUCUUAGAGAAAUCGCGGAAAUCGGGUACCUCAUGAACAACGGCAUCACCGUGAAAGAGGUCACUGUCCUCUACGACGAAGACAAGUUUCCUUCACUCAAAUCUCCGCAGGCGCAGAAUGCUCUGGUGAACGUCGUGGAAAGAAAGGGACAUGGUGCCCUCAUUUCCGAAGUCCUUACAGAAGAGACAACCGUAGACGAGAGCAAACUUGCUGCUACUGUUGGAUUCAGAGCGUUCAUGAAGAUGGUGGAGGUCAACUACGUUACCAUCGAGGAAGUCAUCACAGAAUUCACUCCAGAGGACUUUAUUCAGCGAGCAUGGGAGUCGUCAGAAGUAACAGAGGAAACAAUCAAGUCGGUUUCGGAGAUGGUAACGAUUACCGAAGAAGUUGAAGUUAUGGAGGAUACCAGCAAAGUACUAAAGAAAAGAAUCAAAAAGAAGGGCGAUCUAGAGGAAACCAUUGAAGUAGAAGAAGAAGUAGAACGCUCUCUCGGAAGAAAAGCUCCUGGUCCUGAGAAAAAACAUUCGGUCGAAAUAAUAGAUAUCACAGAUUUGUCUAUUGAGGUCACGGAUCAAAAAACUAAACGCGAUGUCGAAGAGAAACGUGAUUCAGAGUUGGAAAUAGAAGAAUUGGUGGAAACUCGCACCAUCAAAAAGAAAGUGAAAACUUCCAAGCCUAAAACCACCACAUACGAAAUUGAUGAGACAGAAGUAGAACUAAUUGAGCCUUUCGAAGUUACAGCUCAGAAGGAAAUUCCUUUAAGCUCAUCAACUAUUGUUUCAGAGGUUGUCAAUUCUGGAGAGGUAGCCCACCUGAGUGAAGAUGCUCGUAUGUCAAAAGCAAUUGUUGAUGUUCUCACGCACAGAGCUGUGAUUGAAGAACAAGUUGAACCUCACGAGAGUGAGAAAAUUUGUGAAGAUCGUCCAUCGAUCGCUGCAAAAGCUAACCAAAUUGUGGAUAAAAAGCAAGCGCUCGAAAUAUCUGAACAAAAUAUUCACAGUAUGACGGGGCGAUUCGACAAGAAAUUCACCCCAGUCACUUCGAAUGCUGAGAAAAUGAUAGAAUCCACCGAAGGAUUGAUAAUAAACGAAGUCACGCUGGGGGACACGUCUACGACUCUUGACGAGAAACUUCUUCCUGAAGGCAAUGCGACGAUCUCAAUACUGCCCCAUGAAGCUAAAAACAUUUCAGAAGUAGAAAUAUCCCUGAAAGAAAGUGAUUUGGAAAUUUCGCGAGUGGAGAAUGUGAAGCCUAUGUCUAUCCACAAGUCUGGGGUAGUUUCAGAAGCUACGGCUUUGAUUGAAGUAGCACACAUGGAUGAAAUCAUUCAAAAAUCCAAGGCGGAGGUCGAAGUUUUUCCUCAUUCAGCAGUGACGAAAGAACAAGUGCAGACUCACGAUACAGAGAAAACACGUGAAGAUCAACCAAUAAAUGCCAUGAAAGCUGAACAAACUGUAAAUGAAAUGAAGGCCUUAGAAGUAUCUGAACAGACUGUUCACAGUACAACGGGUCAUUUUGAUAGGAAAUUCACCCCACUCACAUCUAAUGCUGAGCAAAUGAUUCAAUCCAGUGAAGGUUUGAUAAUAAAGGAAGUCACUUUGGGAGACUCGUCUACAACUUUCGAUGAGAAAGUUCUACCUGAAAGUAAUGCAACUGUUUCAGUAAUGCCCCAAGAAGCUAAAAACAUUUCGGAGGUGAAAAUAUUUUUGAAAGAAAGUGACUUGGAAAUUACGAGGGUCGAGAAUGUGAAAUCUCUCUCUAUCCAUAACACAGGUGUAGUUUCAGAAGCAACAUCAUCGAUUGAAGUAGCACACAAAGAUGAAACCAUUACGAAGUCUAAAGCAGAAAUUGAAAUUUUUCCUCAUACAGCAGUGACGAAAGAACAAGUAGAUGCUCAUGAGAUGGAAAAACCUCGUGAGGAGCAAUCAAUAAAUGCCAUGAAAGCUGAGCAAACUGUGGGUAAAGUGGAAGCCCUGGAAGUAACUGAACAGACUACUCAUAGUACGACGGGACAUUUUGACGAGAAAUUCACCCCAAUCACAUCCAACGCCAAGCAAAUUAUGGAAGCCAGUGAAGGGUUGAUUAUUAAGGAAGUCACUUUGGAAGACUCAUCUACAACUUUUGAUGAGAAAGUUCUUCCUGAAGGUAGUGCAACUGUUUCAUUGAUGCCCCAAGAAGCUAAAAAUAUUUCGGAAGUGGAAAUAUCCUUGAAAGAAAGUGACUUGGAAAUUCCGAAGGUGGAGAAUGUCAAACCUUUCUCAAUUUAUAACACUGGGGUAUUUUCAGAAGCUUCGUCCUCGACUGAAGUAGCGCACAUAGAUGAAACCAUUUCGAAAUCUAAAGCAGAGGUUAAAGUUAUUCCUCACAUGGCAGUGACGGAAGAACAAGUACAUGUUGAUGAGACAGAAAAAACUCAUGAAGAACAAUCAAGAAAUACUAUAAAAGCUGAUCAAACUAUAGAUAAAGUGGAAGCCUUAGAAAUAUCCGAACAGACUGUCCACAGUACAACGCGUCAUUUUGAUGAGAAAUUCACCCCAACCACCUCUAAUGCCAAACAAAUAAUGGAAUCUAGUGAAGGGUUGAUAAUAAAGGAAGUCACUUUAGAAGACUCAUCUACAACUUUUGAUGAAGAAUUCCAGCCUGAAAUCAAAGCGAUGGUCUCACUUGUGCCCCAAGAAGCUAAAAACAUUUCUGAAGUAGAGGUGUCCUUAAAAGAAAGUGAUUUGAAAAUUCUACAUGUAGAUGAGGUGAAACCUUUGACUGUUCAUAACACUGGAGUAUUCUCAGAAGCUAUAUCUUCUAGUGAAGUAGCACACAUUAAUGAAACCGUGCCUUGUUUGAAAGCAGAGGUUGAUUUGAUUCCGCACUCAGCCAUUUCAGAAGAAACCACCCACGCCGAAGAAAGGGAAGUGAAACAUGAAAUAACUGAAACUAGCUCGGUGUCUGCAACUAAAACUAUCGACACAGUCGAAGCUUUCCAGACUUCACAAACAACAGUUCAAAGCUCAACACGGGAGUUUAUAGAUCAAACGUCAUAUCGUUUGUUAAAAGCUUCUCCACAAGUAACCUCCAAUGAAGGAAUCCAAAUACAAGAAUACAACCUCGGAGAUGUUCUUUCCGAAAUGUUAGAGGAACGCAAACUUGAAGACACGGCACUUGUUUCGUUAAUACCACAGGAAGCGAAAUUAAUUUCAGAAAUAGAGACAUCAGACAGAGAAACGGAUCUGGACGCAUUCACAAAACCAAGAGAGGUUCACGCUCAAGGAUCAGUGUCUACGAAAGAAAGCAUUAAUGUGGAAGAGAUCAAUCAGGCUUUAUUCGAAGGAGAAUUUGAAGUUAGCAAAACGGCAACAGUGCAACCGAGAUAUAAAAUCGACUCGAAAGAACCAAUUGUAGUGGAAGAAAUAUUAGCUGAAGUCAAACCUGGCAAGCACUUGCCAGAGGCGUUCGUACCAACAGAAGUUGCCACAACGAACAUCGUUCCGCAAAGAUCACUCUUUCAAUCCGAAAUGAACGCUCCAGAAUUAGAGGGUGAAUACAUAGCUGGAAAAUUGCCACCAAUGCAGGCAGCUAAUUUCGACAUCACCACGGGAGAAGGUUUGAUUGUAUCUGAAAUAAACUCAUCAGAGAAAGAAACAGUACUUGAAAAAACUAAACUAGGAGAAACGGUGAAGGCUAUGCCGAAUUUUAUGUUAUCAGAAGCAGUAACAGUAUCAGUGACUGAUACCCAACAACCACAAACUGAAGUUUCUUCAGAAGAGGUUGAACACCAUACAGUCAACGUACAAGUGUCUUCAUUAGAACCAGUCGUUGCUCAAACUGUAAUAACCAGUGAAUCGGAAGUCAAUUAUGAAGAGGAAAAACCUUCCAGUAAAACCGCUGAUUUCACACUGGCUUGCCUGCAAACGAGCAGUAAAUCAGUAACGUUUGUGCAAGAAUCCGAAGACACACUCUCGCCACAAAGCCAACCCAUUAGAUCCAUAGCAAAGCGAACGGUUUCACCCAAUGAAUCUAUUACAAUUGAGGAAAUUGCAACAAAUGAUUCACCGGAAGCUUUUAAAGAUUAUCCGAAGAUACAAACCGACCACGCUUCAGAAAACAUAGAAACUCAGCAUGCUACUGACAUUACCGAAACAAAUGUUGGAGAAUCAGAAACAUUCUAUGACCAAAAACCUCAGAAAUACGUGACAUUAGAAAGUUCAUUCACAAGACCACAAGAACAAGUCGAGGUUAGUGAAUCACAAAUUUUUGAAAUGGAAAAGGAUCUCAAAUUUUUCGAGUUACCCGAGUCACACAAAGGUAAACAAGUUAGAUCAACUUUACUUCCGACAGGUAUAACUGAAGAAACCACGGUUGAGCAGAGUGUCGAAAAACUUCAAGCCAUGCGUACUGAAAUAGGGAAAGCAAGUCUGAAUCAGCCCCUGAGUGAAGAGAUUACAAUAUCUGAAAUAAUAACAUCUGAAGACACUGAUCAGAUUAAAACAGAACAAAUGGAAGGAAAACAAGCCCUGCCAGUAAUCUUCCCACGAGAGGCUGUAAAAGUAGAUGAGGUACUGGUAAUAGAUAAGGAAAAUGAGUAUAUUCCAGACGAUAGAAACUUCGAGGUUCAAGCAAAGCUAGGUAUUGAUACUCAACAAGUAGCCAGUAAGUCUGUCACUCAAAUUAGCGACGCAGCAGAGACUUUAGAAAUAACUCAUCCGUUAGAGGCUGUAGCAUCCCCGGAGCAGCAGGUAUUCGAAACUGUGGAAGUUCUCGAACAUGAAACAGGAGAAAGAGAAACAGAUCACACAGAGAUCAGACCAGAUGCCAAGAUAGCUGCCGUUGAUUUAUCAGAAUCACUUCAUGGAGCCAAAACUACGCAAAUUCUACCAAAUGAAAAAGAGGAUGUUUACCACUCACAGCCAAAAGCAUUGCAAGCGUUGGCCUCUAUGGCUGUAACAACGCAACAAGUAUUCAUAACAUCUGAAGUUGAGAGUGUUAUCCACGCAGAUUUACUAGAAGAAGAGCAACCAUUAACAGGAAGAGCGAAAAAAUAUGCUAAACCAUACACCGAACUCAUAGUGACGGAAACGAAUGUAACAGAUAUCGAGAAGAAUCUUCCCGCUGACCUUCUGCCCUAUAGUAAAACAGCAAACCUGGAAAUAUUACCAGGCCAGGCACUGACUAUCACAGAAACCGUGUCAGAUGACAAAGAGUCAGAGCUAAAUGUUUCGGAGGUUGAAACAAACCUAGCAAGCAUUCAAGUGGGUGAACAGCAAGUUGCUGUUUCAGAGCAAACUUUGAUUAAUUUCUCGCCAACUGAGCUGAAAGAAGAACGACCUGAAAGUCACAACGCUUUUGCUACGCAAGAUAUUUCUGUUGGCGUUACCCAGUUGCAAAUAACUCUUGGAGAAAAAGAAGCCGAACAGCUAGCUGAUAUAACUCCCAAUAAGAAGCAAAUAGGAAUAACGUUCAACGAAGUGGAAGGCCUGAAAGUUACAGAAGUUACUGCAGAUGAUCAAGAGGAUGUAUUGCCUCAAGAACAAUCAAUAGCGGUAGAAGGAACAACUUCUUUAAAUGAGUUCCAUUUGUCGGCGUUGUCUGAAGAAGUGAUGCUUGAAGAUUCCGUGAAUAAAGUCGAUAAAAUCGAUUAUAUUUCUGAGAAAGCUAAGUCAAACUGCAUUACACUGGAAAGCAUUUCAAUGACAGAAUCGACAACAUUAGAAAAUGAAGGCAAAUUUUCCGAAGUGAAGCCUUCAAAAAAACAAGCCCUACCUGAAUAUCAACAUGCAGAAAGCUUGUUCGUUACAUCAGUCACCUCAGCCACAAAAGAAGGAACUUUGGAAAAGAAAAAUCCAGAGUUGAAAACAGCGGAUUCUUCAUUACUUCCACAAGAUGUAGUGGAAGUUAGAGAAACCAUAGCUAGCGAUACCAUUAAAGAACUAGAAAUUGAACAUCCUACUAAGGUAGCCGCUACAGCAAGUCAAUCCGAAUUUCAGAGCUUGAUCAAUAUCGAAGCGGUUUCAGGUGAAACUGAAAUAUUAUUAAAGCCCAGUGACGAACCACUUGAGCAAAUCGCCGCUAUAGAGUUCGAUAAUUUAGUUAUUCCACAAAUUUCGCAAACUAUUCCUUCAGAAAAAGAAAAUAUUUAUAAAGCUCCUGAACAAGGAAGUGAAAAAAUUGCUACUUCAUCUAUUUCUGUUCAGCCAGUUGCUGAAAAAGGUAUAACCAUUUGCCAAGAUUCCAUUUCCGACAUUAUUCCAACAGACUUUCCUACCAUCGCGGCUCAUCUGAAGCAAUCACCACAGGAAGGUAUUAUAUCAACACAACCUUUGGUACAAGAGAGUGAAACUUAUUUCGAAAAAGUUGAUGUUUCAACAGAAAAAGCUAUACUGGAAAUUAGGGAAGAUCAAAGCUUGAAAAUCACUGAAGUUAUGAGCAAUGAAACCGAAACUUUGCUACCGAUACUUAUGAAACCAGCACAAACCCAAGCUUCCGUAAGUAUGGAAACACAUCAAGUUUCCUCCAAAACUGAAAUUGGAAGUAAUGACACCACAGAAGAUAUACUAUUGAGUGAACCUGUCAAAGCUUCUGCUCAACCUGAACUAUCAAGUCUACCAACCGCUUUGAAACAUCAAACAAUACCUUCAGAACUGGAAGGUGUGAUCCAGAAAGAACAGAUGCCAAAUGCACAAAAAGUGUCGCCAAUAUUAGAUGAGAUCAAAGGUAUUGAAGUUGAGUCUGUUUUGGUACACGACACCGAGGUAGACUUCAAGAAGAAGCCAUCAGAGGAAAAACGUGCACAAGCUAACUUUAGUGAUGCAGGAAAAGUGAUAACGCAGUUUGAAUCAAAGGUUGAGUACGAUUUGGGGUGCAUCGAAGAUGUCUUUCCAGAAGAAAGCAGAGCUACGAAAACCUCGAUACCAUUUGAUUUUGCUGUUACCUCAGAACAAAUAACAUUCGACAUAGAAGCAGAGUUGCCUGCAUUAGGUAAAGGUCCUGAAAUUAUAGCUUCGAUCGAUAUACAACCAUCAGAAGCAUUUUCAGUAACCGAAGCAGUUUUAGGUCAGAGAGAAAGUGGGAUUAACGAAUUCAAAUUACCAGAUUUGAAAACGGCGCAUAAGUCAAUAGACGUAACACAAAAAGUUGCAGAAAUGAACAUUCCAGACGUGCCCGAUAAUUUAACUCUUCACCAAUAUUCUGUUCCGGAAAGUGCUGUGGCUACUCAAGAAGAAGAAUCGUUGAACAGUUUAAUAAUUUGCGAAAACAUCCCGGAAGAGAAAGAACUCAAUUUCACGGGUAAAUUUCAACCCAUUACCAGUCAAGUCAAUAUAACUUUGGAACAAAAAACACAGAGUUUGAACGUUUCGGAAAUAUUAAUACAAGAAAAAGAAGGGGGUUUAGGUAAACUAGAAAUUCCAAUGAAACAGACUGCUACUGUUGAAUUGGAUUCAAUCAUCAUCCCACAAAAAACAGUGACUCACGUGGAAGAUAUCGUGAAACAUUUAGAUUCAUUUGAAACUAUAACUUCAGUAGCAAGCGUGAAACAAAUACCACAUCAAGAACUGGUAGAAACUCAACCUCAGAUAGUAGAAAAAGAAGGAAUUUACAACAAAAGUUUCGAGUACAGUACCAAAAAUGCCGAUCUCAUGACAGAAGACAGUAUGGCAUUAUCGGCGACUGAAGUUGUACCUAACGAGAAAGAAAUUAUUUUUGGAGAACAGGUCAUACCUGAAAGUGUAACGGCUCAACCCUCAUUCAUUUCGAAUACAAGUUCUCAAAUAACUGAAAUCUUAACCAAUCUCAGCUUGGAUGAACUGGAAGGUGAGAAAGCUGCGUGUGUUACAGCCGUGCCUAUUUCUGAUACAUCCGAGAGCUUACUUCAAAGCAUACCAUUAGUUAUUGAAAACGCCGAACCAUUCGAAGGACAGUUCAAAACAAAAAGUAUCAGAGCCCAAGAAAAACAAGACGUUCUGUCAGAGCUUACGAUAAGUGAAACGUACUCAGAAUCCGUGGCAGAAAAUAUGAGCGAAUUUCCGGACAAGAGCGACUCAGCCAAACCAAACGUAGAUAGUACCAAAGCCAUAGAGGCUUCUAUAGUUAUAGUGUCUGAAAAUGUGUCCGAUUUGACAAUGGCUUCUGAGGUGGCAUCAAAGAUAUCAAUGCAGAGAGAUACAUUCGAUGGUAUUAUAUUCAUGGAGAACUUGGUACAUGAAUCUGAAAAAGAUCUGAAGUUACUACCUACGGAAGAAGAGAAACACGCCGAAAAAAUUCUAACAGAAGUGUCGUCUUUGAAUGUAUCUCAAGUAUUUAGUGAGGAGAGUGAAUAUCCGCUAGUAAGUGAACAAAUUGAAAACAAAAAACCUUCAACUGAUAUCCUGACUAAUAAGUCAUUAGCUCAAGAAUUUGUUAUUUCUCAAGAUUUGCUGGAGGAACUCGAGGUACCCACACAUCAAGAAGAAAGAGCUCAAAAAACACAAAUUGAAGUUGAAAGUGUAAUUGUUUCGGCGAAAUAUUCUCAAGAUAAAGAAUCGCCACUUAUAGACAAACCUCCUGAAACUAAAGUUGUCAACGUUGGGUUCUCGCCCGAUGAAAGUAUAUCGGUAACUGAAACUAUUGCAAGUGAACAAGAGACAUUAUUUUCAGCAAAAGACAUGGAUACUGUCUCUGCCACUCAAGUUUUCGCCUCGCAAGAAGCUACACAAGUGUCAGAAACUAGAACAGAACAAGAUUUAGGAGAACUGGUCGUUGAAUUACCGGAAGGUAAUCGUGCACACCAAGAACAGGAUUCAAUUGCACCUCUCGAUGUAACAGAGAUUAUCGCCACUGAAAGCGAAUCCACAUUCAUACAGAAAUCCAGGCCAGAAACAUCUGCAGGUGUAACGCUAGAGCAACCUGGAAAAGCAGCAUCUACGACCGAAACCAUCACAAGUCAAAAUGAGUUGCCCCUCGAUCUCAAAAAACCCGAUGAGGAAAUUGCAAAGAGAGUUCUCAUAGAACAUCAAGUUGUAGAAGAGGAAGGUAUCAACGUGAUGGACAGCUUGGGAAACUUGAUACUAGACAAACAAAAUUCUCGACGGGCUACCUCUCAAACUGAUGUAUUCCACAGUAUAACUGAAUCAGACGUUACCGUGCACGGAAAUGUAAAGCUCGUUGAUAUGGGAAUUCCAUCCUCCAAAACAGCUGGAGUGAACAUAAAUAUUCAAGAAGGCUUGAUAAUAACUGAUACGGUGGUACAAGGACAAACAGGCGACGAAAUUAAACAGGUAGCAGCUAGCGGAACAACGGCUCACAAAGAAAUAGAAAAUAAACUGGUGGUGGUGAUGGAAGAAAAUUUGUCUUUACAAAGUCACGACGUUUUCCAGCCAGAUGAAACUAAAAUUAGCAAAGCACAGCUUGAGUAUGCGGGUGCUCCCCAGCAAGGACUUAUUAUAACUGAACCACUACCUACAGGAAGAGUGCAACAGAUAGAAUAUGAUGCGCCAAUUUCCAGAAAAGUAAACAUUGUGUUGGAUGAAAUAACGACAAGCCUGCAAGUAUGUGAAGCGAUUCUCCACGAUCAAGAAGGACAACUGGAUGAAACAGCAACACAUAAAACACAAGCAAGUUUCACACGCACAAGCACCAAGCUGAACAUGGCAGAACACGACAAAACAGAUAUUCGACAAGAUACAGACACAGAAGAAAUUCAAGAAAUAGUGACUAAUUUUAGGUCAGCGCCAGACGGUGCAGAGAGUAUAGCGAUAACAAAGAAAAGAACCAUCAUUAGAAAUAAAGUGAAAAAACAUGAUGAGGGAGAUAUCGUGAUAGAAGAAAUGCUAGAUGAAGAAACGAAACCAAUCGAACAAUCAAAAAGUCAAAUACAUAUAGAAGAAAUAGAAACUACUAGAGACGACAAUGAGAUGCAAUCUGAAGUCACCUUUGAAGAACUGGAAGCUCCGGAAAGAAUCACAGAAAAAUAUCCUGUACAUGAGCUUGAAGCUUCGGAGGAAACAGUCCCAGAACAGCCAAUACACACGGUAGAAGAACUUCCUGAAGAAGUUCAAAUAACACACGUUACAACAGACGAAGGCAAAAAGAAGAAAAUGGUAACCAAGAAGAGAGUCAUCAGAAAGCAAAAAGACGGAAAACAGCAGAGGACCGAAACAGUCACAGUUGAAGAAGAGGGUAAAGAACCUCAAACAACAGUUACUGUGCAAGAACUUGAAACUCCGAAGGAAGCAGUCCCGGAACUGCCAGUACACAUGGUUGAAGAACUUCCUGAAGAAGUUCAAAUAACACACGUUACAACAGACGAAGGCAAAAAGAAGAAGUUAGUUACCAGAAAGAGAGUCAUCAGAAAGCAAAGAGAUGGAAAACAGCAAAAGACCGAAAUAGUUACAGUUGAAGAAGAGGGUAGAGAACCUCAAACAACAAUUACUGUGCAAGAACUUGAAGCUUCCGAGGAAGCAGUUCCAGAACAGCCAGUACACAUGGUUGAAGAACUCCCUGAAAAAGUUCAAAUAACAUACGUUACAACAGACGAAGGCAAAAAGAAGAAAAUCGUUACCAGGAAGAGAGUCAUCAGAAAGGAAAAAGAUGGAAAACAGCAAAAGACCGAAAUAGUCACAGUUGAAGAAGAAGGUAGAGAACCUCAAACAACAGUUACUGUUCAAGAACUUGCAGCUCCGGAGGAAGAGGUCCCAGAACAGCCAGAACACAUGGUUGAAGAACUUCCUGAAGAAGUUCAAGUGACGCACAUUACAACAGACGAAGGCAAAAAGAAGAAAAUCGUAACCAAGAAGAGAGUCAUCAGAAAGCAAAAAGACGGAAAACAGCAGAAAACCGAAAUAAUCACAGUUGAAGAAGAGGGUAAAGAACCUCAAACAACAGUUACUGUGCAGGAACUUGAAGCUUCCGAGGAAGCAGUUCCAGAACAGCCAGUACACAUGGUUGAAGAACUUCCAGAAGAAGUUCAAGUAACACACGUUACAACAGACGAAGGCAAAAAGAAAAAAAUCGUAAUCAAGAAGAAAGUCAUCAGAAAGCAAAAAGACGGAAAACAGCAGAACACAGAAAUAGUCACAGUUGAAGAAGAGGGUACAGAACCCCAAACAACAAUUACUGUGCAGGAACUUGAAGCUUUGGAGGAAGCAGUCCCACAACAGCCAAUACACAUGGUUGAUGGAAAGCAGGAAAAAACAGAAAUGGUAAUGGUUGAAGAGGAAGGGAAGAAACCAGAGACAACAUUAACAAUUGAGGAAGUACCCGAAGAAGAAUUUUCAGGAAAGCCCAUAUUAACAGUUCAGGAAUUGCCUGAAGAGAUUCAAGUUUCUGAAGUGAUCAGAGAUGGAAAAACAAAGAAACAAAUUACCAAAAAACGUGUGAUCAAAAAAGAAAAAGAUGGAAAGCAAGAGAAAACAGAAAUAGUAACUGUUGAAGAAGAAGGAAAGAAACCAGAGACAACAGUAACAAUUGAGGAAGUACCCGAAGAUGAAUUUUCAGAAAAGCCCAUAUUUACAGUUCAGGAAUUGCCUGAAGAGAUUCAAGUUUCUGAAGUGAUCAGAGAUGGAAAGAUAAUGAAACGAAUUAUCAAAAAACGUGUGAUCAAAAAAGAAAAAGAUGGAAAGCAAGAGAAAACAGAAAUAAUAACUGUUGAAGAAGAAGGAAAGAAACCAGAAACAACAGUGGUAGUUGAAACAUCUGAAGAACCUGAAAAGAAAUUUUCAGAAGAACCCACAUUUACAGUUCAGGAAUUGCCUGAAGAGAUUCAAGUUUCUGAAGUGAUCAGAGAUGGAAAAACAAGGAAACGAAUUACCAAAAAACGUGUGAUCAAGAAAGAAAAAGAUGGAAAGCAGGAAAAAACAGAAAUAGUAACUAUUGAAGAGGAAGGAAGAAAACCAGAGACAACAGUAACAAUUGAGGAAGUACCCGAAGAUGAAUUUUCAGAAAAGCCCAUAUUUACAGUUCAGGAAUUGCCUGAAGAGAUUCAAGUUUCUGAAGUGAUCAGAGAUGGAAAGAUAAAGAAACGAAUUACCAAAAAACGUGUGAUCAAGAAAGAAAAAGACGGAAAGCAAGAAAAAACAGAAAUAGUAACUGUUGAAGAAGAAGGAAAGAAACCAGAGACAACAGUGGUAGUUGAAACAUCUGAAUUACCCGAAAAGGAAUUUCCAGAAGAACCCACAUUUACAGUUCAGGAAUUGCCUGAAGAGAUUCAAAUUUCUGAAAUGAUCAGAGAUGGAGAGACAAAAAAACGAGUUACGAAAAAACGUGUGAUCAAGAAAGAAAAAGAUGGAAUGCAGAUUGAGGAAAAAGAUAAUAACCAAGAAACAAUACAAACUAUUGAAGAAUAUAAGGAUAUAUCACAGGAAAAGGAGAGAAAGGAACAUGAGAAUAUCUUGUUCGUUCCAACUCUGGCGGAAACUCAGAUGGUGACACAAGAAGAUGUCUUGAAUUUACUGAAAAUGGAAAUGAUCAGAAAGGUAUUAUCACAUCCUCUACCUGAAUUGCCCAUAACAAUGAAUGUUCCUAUUGGAAAGUGCACUGUCGUGCUUGAAUUUCCGGAGGUUAUCAAGUCAUCAUUAACAUCCGAUGGAAAGAAAAAAACUAUAAUUAAACGUACUCUAAAGAGGCCCAACGGUGACAAAAAUGAAAUAAUCAGUAUUAUUAGCACCGAAGUUGAAGGUGAAGAACCUACCAGAGAUCUAAUCAUAGAAGAAACUAGGGAGAAAAUUAAUGAAACUCCAAUUGCAUCUCUGAUCGAAUUACCAGAAGACCUCGACGUUAUUGAAAUCAGUACUUUAGGUGAAACUCCUGUGAAAAAAAUAUCGAAGAAGAGAACAUUCCUCAAAAAAGUUGGGCCCAAAGUAGAAAUCACUGAAGUUAUCACAAUUCUGGAAGAUAAUAAGGAACCUCUGGAGAUAAUCAAUAUACACGAGUAUGAAGAUGAACCUAAACCUGCAGAAAACUUGGACAAGAAAGCUAUCCCAAAAAAGAGAAAUCAAAGAGAAGCGAAGGUUAUUGAAGUAAAACCCAGCCAUGCGUUAAUUGAAGAUGUAACUCAAGUGAGGUUGAAGAAGCCAAAAUCUCAAAAACCGAAACAAGACAAAGUCAAAUUCCCAAAAGUACGUUUAAUGAGCCGAAUUCGCUUCAUUUCAUUUCCGAUCGAAUCUGAAAAAAAGCAAAGUCUUGUCCUAACUGUACUUCCUCCCUAUAACAAGGACCAUGGUAUUUUGUCACGUAACGUUGAAGAGGCGAAGACAUUGCCAAAAAAGAAAUACAAAAAGUUCCAAGAUAUCGAAAUCGAUCAUCCUGAACUCGAAAAACUAGAAACAAUGGAUAAAGUUGGUCACAAUAAGGAUCAUGAUAUUAUUGACGAAGAGAAACACAAAAAAUUAACCAAAGAAUUGUCGAAGACUACUGAAAAACCACUAAAUAUCAUAACUGGUCAGGGAAAACUUUCAGAUUCACCAGAGAGAGAUGAAGUUAUAUCUUUGAAGUCAGUUCCGAGAAAAAUAAUUGGAGAUACAGAAUCUCUGCUCAAAAAAGUACCAGAAAGUACUGAAGAACAAUCCGACACACCAAAAAGAGAACAUACAGACGAGAUUGAAAAAAUUGAUUUCUCGCCUUAUGAUAUCGAUCGAGAAGAUGUCACUUUGGAGGAGUAUGAAAAACCGGAAUUGAAGACGAAAGAUAUUCCGAGGAAAACUACCCGAGGGAAAUACGUUAAGAAACCGAAGGCUAAACUUGAUGAAGAAAUCGACCAUAGAAAAUUGAUUCCAGGAAUUCCAAAAGAAAUAUCACAACCGGACGACACCGAGAUUUCAAGAAAAAUCAAACGUAAAGAUUUACCCGAAGAAUCUCCUGGAAGUAUCAAGUUGAAACCUUUCAAAAAACGAUCUGAAGAGAAACCUUCUUACAAAGUGCAAGAGGCAGAAGGUGUUCCAAUCAAGAUCGGAUGGGUGGUGUACGAGAUGCCAGAAGAAGUAAGAGAAUCUCAAGAGAUGACACCCGAAGGUCUUUUAGUAACAAAAACUCUCAAAAAGCGGGUGAUAAAAAAGAAACGGGGUCCAAACAGUGAAGUUACUACGAUAGAAACCCUAACGACAGAUAAUUCUGAACCAGUGAUCACCGUCAAAACCGAAAGUGUAGCUGAGGACUUCCAAAUCCCUCUCGAGGUCGCAGAGAUAAUUGAGCUCCCGGAAACGACAGAAGAAAUAGUUGAGUAUAGUAAGACUGGAAAAAAAAUUGUAAAGAAAGUCAAGAAACGAGUCUUCAGGAAGCCAGUCGAUGUUGGCUGUGAAGUCACUGAAAUCCUCACGCUCAGUGAAGAAGGAAAGAAACCAUUCGUUUUGGUCAACACUUACUUGGCCGAUAGUGAAGAUUAUCACGGCGAAGGCGACAUAGGCACGCUGCAAAUGGAAACUCCAAGUAAUGCAACAUCAGUUACACCAACCAUAACAACACAAAAUGCCACAAAAAUAAUAACAGAAGUGUACACAUUAGAAAAAACACAGGAAACAGGAUCCAAAAUUCCUAAGGUAGGAAAAGCGAAAGGAACUUUGGUACAUGAUAUACUGGAGUCCGUCAUGAUAGAAGAGGUUCAAACGCAGAAACCGAUCGAAAAACUGUUCAGACCAGAACCAGUAUUAGAAGAAGCUGCGUCAUACAUUGAGGAACUUCCCGAAGAUGUUCAAAUAAUAGAAACUUUGGAAGAAGGUGUUCCCAAAAAGACUACUAUAAAGAAGCGUGUAAUCAGAAGGCGUAAAGGAUCCAAGCAAGAAUCGACGGCAAUCACAACUGUCGAAAAAGAAGGAGAAAUUCCUUAUUCAACAGUAGCAAUAGAAGAGGUCGAAUUGCCUGAAGAAGUGUCAAUCGCUCCAGUUUUAGUAGAGGAACUACCAGAAGAAGUAACAGUUACGCAGGUUCAAACCAAUGAAGGCCCCAAAAAGAAAACCGUUCGAAGAAAGAAAUUCGUAAAGAGAAAGGGAAGCACUCAAGAGAUUACUGAAAUGGUAACCACAGAAGAAGAAGGAAAAGAACCUCAAUCUACGGUAACCAUCCACGAAACUGAAGUUUCCGAAGAUGUUGCACAAUUCGAGGAACCAAGUCUAGUGGAGGAAUUCCCAGAAGAAGUAACAGUGACCCAGGUCAACACUGAAGAGGGUCCCAAAAAGAAAAUUAUAAAGAAGAAAGUUAUUAAGAAACAAACAGGACACAAACAAGAAGCCACUGAAAUAUUAACUGUUGAAGAAGAGGGCAAAGAGCCACAGACAUCGAUUCAGGUUCAUGAAAUAGAAGAGCUCCCGGAAGAAAUACAAGUUAUAGAAACAAUUGAAGGUGGAGUUGCGAAGAAAACAAUAGUGAAGAGACGAACAAUCAAAAAACAAAAAGGGGGAAAACAACAAUCAACCGAAAUAGUAACCAUCGAAGAGGAAGGAAAGAAACCACAGUCCACUGUAAUCAUUGAAGAAAUUGACAAUACGGAAGAAGAAGUUCCUAAGGAGACACCCAUUAUUAAAGACGAUGAUAUCAAAAAACGAAUGGUCACAAAGAAAAUCAUAAAACAAAAGGGUAACAAGCAAGAAGAAACCAAAAUCCAUACGGUUGAAGAAGAGGGCAGAGAACCACAAACUACUGUGACCGUUGAGGAAAUAGAGCUACCGGAUGACGUCACAUCGACUUUCAUCGAAGAACUUCCUGAGGAAGUACAAGUUGUAGAAACUUCUGAACAAGGUAUUCCUAAGAAAACAACGAUAAGAAAGCGUAUCAUCAACAAACACCGGAAGGGUAAACAAGAAUUGACAGAAAUUGUAACAAUAGAGGAAGAAGGAAAAAAACCUCAGUCUACAGUAACCAUUCAAGAAAUCGAAAUUCCGGAAGAAAGAGUAAAGAAAAUCCCAGAGUUGAGUAAACCAGAAAAGCCUAUCAUAACUGAAGAGUCGCCAGAACAGAUAACAGUUACGGAAGUUCAGACUGAAGAAGGCCCUAAACAACGGGUUGUAAGAAAGAAAGUGAUCAAAAAGCAAGAGGGCAAUAAACAACAAUCCAGAGAAAUCGUCACAGUUGAAGAGGAUGGCCAGAUGCCACAAACUACAGUAAUUGUACAAGAACUCGAAGAACUUCCCGAAGAGGUCCAGGUACUUGAAACUUUGGAACACGGUGUCCCGAAGAAAACUACAAUAAGAAAACGGGUAAUAAAAAGGACUAAAGGUGAUAAACUGGAAUCCGCUGAGAUACUGACGAUAGAAGAAGAGGGAAAGAAACCUAUGUCUACGGUAACAAUUGAAGAAAUUAAUAAUCCUGAAGAAAAAAUUGAAGAUAUUCCUGAAAGUUUACCUAAAGUUCGAAAAAUCAAACAAAAAUUGCCGGAACAAGUAACUGUGACCAAAGUUGAAUCGUUUAUGGAGGAACUACCAGAAGAAAUUCAGAUUAUAGAGACAAUGAAGGACGAUGUUCCUAAAAAAGUUACCAUCAAAAAAAGGGUACUAAGGAAACGGAAAGGUAGAAAACAAGAAUCCACCGAAAUACUAACAGUUGAAGAAGAAGGAAAAGAACCUCAAACUACUGUUAUCAUUCAAGAAACUGAAAUACCACAAGACGUACAAAUACCAAUAUCUGAAGGAAUCACUCUUGUAGAAGAGUUGCCAGAAGAGGUUACAGUAAGAGAAGUAGUUACUGAAGAAGGACCCAAGAAGCAAACCAUUAGGAAGAGGACUAUACGAAAACAGAAAGGAACCAAACAAGAGGCUACUGAAAUUCUCAUCGUUGAAGAAGAAGGAAAAGAACCUCAUACCACUGUGACGGUACUUGAAAUAGAAAAACCAAAACCAGAGGAGACAGAGGAGAGAGUAGAGGAGACGCAAGAAGAACCAAGGAAACCAACCACGAAGAAAAAACCGAAACGUAAAGUAAAACCUGAAAAAGACGAACCAAAACUUAUUACAGAUGAUAAUAUACUAUUUAUACCAACUCUGGCUGAAAAAAAGGAGCAGUCGGAGGAUGUUAUAGAUUUGGUACAAAUAGAGCUCCUGAAAAAGGCCUUGGCAUUACCUACACCAAUAACUGGCAAAAAAGAAGAAGAAUAUAUACCCCAGUAUGCAGAAGAACUGCCAGAGUAUGUCCAGAUCAUCGAGUCGCAAACUGAAGAUGGUAAACCAGAAGAAAUUGUAAUAAGGAAAAGGAUAAUUAAGAAGCGAAAAGGACAAAAAGAAGAAGUUACGGAAAUUUGCACAGUUGAAAGAGAAGGUAAAAAACCAGAAACAACUGUAGUCACAGAAGAAAUAGACAUCACAGAAUCUCAUAUACGCGAAGAAAUACCAUCUGUAACGCUUGUAGAAGAGGUACCAGAGGAGAUAGAAAUUAUUGAGAAACCAACGGAAAGAGGGCCAAAAACAGUGAUAAUACGGAAAAAGGUAAUCAAGAAACGCAGAGGAAGUAAGCAAGAAAAUACUGAAAUAAUAACUCGAGAAGAAGAAGGCGAACUUCCGCAAACGUCUGUAGUUAUUGAGGAAAUUGAUGUUAGUGAAAAUGAGCUACAGAAAGAAGAACCAAUUUACAUAGAAGAACUACCAGAAGAUAUCAAACUUAUUGAGGAAAUCACUCCAAAGGGUCCAAAACAGAAAAAAGUGAAGCAAAGAAUCAUCAAGAAACGGAGAGGAAGCAAGCAAGAAACCACCACUAUAUGUACUGUGGAAGAAGAAGGUAGAGAACCUGAAACCUCAGUAGUAAUAGAGGAAGUAGAUGUACCUAUCAUUGAAAAAAUGUCAACAAAAAUACCCGAAAUAAUUGUUGAAGAGCUACCCACCGAAAUCCAAGUCUUCGAAGAGCCAGACGAAAACGGCAAACCAACCAAAAAAGUUGUUGAAAAACGAACUAUGAAAAAGCGCAAGGACAAAGGUGGAGAAAUAAUAAAAAUCGUCACAGUGGCAGAAGAAAACAAACAACCAGAAAGCUCGGUAACAAUAGAAGAAAUUGAUGAUGAAAAUUUCAUCACAGAAAUUCCUUCAACAGAGCCAGUUUACAUCGAGGAACUACCUGAAGAGGUGAAGAUCAUUGAACAUGUUCCUAAAGAGGGAAGUCCAACAAAACAGGUGAUCAAAAAGAAAGUAAUCAAAAAGAGGCAGGGCAAAAAGGAGAAAUCAACGGAAAUUUUGACAGUUCAGGAAGAAGGAAAACUGCCGAAAACGACAGUUGUUGUAGAGGAGCGAGAAAUUCCUACGGAUGUACUUGAAGAAAUACCAUCACACAAGAGUUUCAUUCCUGUUUACAUAGAAGAGUUACCUGAGGAAAUCACAAUAACGGAGUCGGAUGUUCUAGAAGGACAACCCGAACGUAUAAUCAGAAAGCGAACUUUCAAGAAACCGAAAGGAAACACUGAUGAGAUAAUACAGAUUAUUACUGUUGAAGAAGAGGGUAAAAAGCCAGAAACAAGUGUGGUUAUUGAAACCGAGUCAAUACCCGAGAAACCUAAAAUAAAGAAAAUGAAGAAGAAAAAGACGAAGGACAAGCCUGAGCUUCCAGAUGACGAAACUAUUGAAUCUGAAAAACCUAUAAAGAAAGAAGUGGAGAAGAAAGAAAAACUAAGACGAGAGAUAUCUGUUUUGAUGCCACUUGAGCGAAAAGAAAUCAAACCUCAGAAAGUGAAAAUUGUAGACAGUAAGUCCGUACCUAAUCUAGCUGAAGUCAAACUUCGUAAGCUGAAGAUACCUCAGAAGAAAGAGGAUCGUGUGAAAUUACCCAAAUUUUUACUGAAAAGCAGAAUAAAAUUCAUAGAUUUUCCCCCUCUGAACGAGAAAGAAAAAUUGCCCAGGAUUUCGUUCCUCGAACCCGUGUACAGAGAUAAUGGAGUACUCUCGAGGAAUGUACAAGAAGCCCAAAAAGUACCCAAAACCAAGAAACGUCGAUUGAAAGACAAAGAUCUUAAAUUGCCGGAUCUGGAAAAAUUCGAUCUUGAACUAGAAGAACUGAAGAAAAACAGACUGGAAAAAGUUGAUUUAGAUUUUAAAGUAGAGAAAAAGCCAAAAGAAAAACCAAUACCAGAAGAAAUACCAAAGAAAAUUAUUCCGAAAAAAGGAAAAAUUCCCGAAGAAAGUAACACUGAAGAGGAAGUAAAGCUGAAAUCGGUUCCGCAAAAGCCAGUGGAAGAUUUUGAAAAACCCAAAAAGCUGGAGAAAAUUGAAAUAAAAGUCGACAGCAAAAAGAAACCAGAAAAAGAAGAAGGGCCAACAGAUAAAAUCGAGUUCAAACCUUACGAUAUCGAUAGAGAGUCUCCUACUAAAGUCAAAUACGAACCUAGCAUAACUGAUGAAGUUGAAGACAAAAUUUCAGAGCCUGAGAAGAUAAAAGUUUCCAAAAAGAAGAAAGUGAAGCCAAUGCUAGAGAAAGAUGAAAUUACAAUCAUCAAAGGGAAACCGAGCCCUGAUAUCGUGGAGGAAGAUGAAGAUAUUAAGCUGAAAUACAAGCAGAAACCAAAGGAAGAAGAAACGCCAGAAGGUAUCACUUUGAAACCGUUCAAGAAGGAUGUUAGUGAAAUUCGCUUAGAAACUACCACGGAGGAUAAGCUGAAAUUAGCUGAAAUUCCCACAACGAUCGGAGAUACCGAAAUACCUGAACCAACCGAAGGAAAACCAUCGAAAAAGAAAAAGAUUGUGAAGAAAAUAAAACGCGUAGAAAGUACCCCAGCGGAAAUUGCGGAAGAUGUAAUUCAGGAGCCUAUAGAAUCACAGGAAAAAAUAUCGGAAGAAACAAUUGCAGAAAAAGAUGAAAUUCCAGUUAUUGAAGAAGCCGUUCCAACCGAGCCAGAGGAGACUGAAGAAAUAUCAAAGAAACCAGAAGAACCAGAUGAGAAACAAGAAGUUUCAGAGUCAAUAACAAUCGAGAAAAAAAUCAUAAAAAGAAAAAAGAAAAUUCCUAAAGAGGUUACGAAGAAAAAGCCUGAAGAAGAAGUUCUCAUAGAAGAAAUAGGAAAGUCAGAUACUUCUGCAACGGAAAAACCUGAAAUAGACGAAAAACCUCAGCUGAUGGUGGCGGUGGCUGAUGAAAAACCAUCGACGGAACAGCAUGCGAUCAUCACACCUCUUGAAAAACCUGUCAAACUGGCAGAUAUUAAACUGAAGAAGCUAAAAAUACCAGAAAGAAAAGACUCAAAGGUCUCCAAGCUACCCAAAUUUCUACUCAAGAGCCGAAUAGUUCGUCUUCCAUUUCCACCUGAGACAGAAUCGGAAAAACUUCCGAUCAUCAAGGAACUCCCUCCAGUUUACAGAGAAAACGGAGUCCUUUCAAGAAACGUUCAAGAAGCUGAAAAAGUUCCCAAGAAAAAGCGUAUCCGUGUCAAGCAUGUCGACAAAGAACUCAAAGAUCUCGAAAAGUUAGAUAUAGAACUAGAGGAAUUGAAGAAACGGGAACUGGAAAAAGUCGACGAUGAAUAUAGAUAUGCGAAGGCUCCCAAAGAAAAACCAAAAGAAACGGACGAAGUCCAGAAAAUAAAAAUAGGAAAGGGAAAAGUGCCUGAAGUCAAAGAAGAGGAUGAAGUGAUCAAACUGAAAAAAGUUCCUGAGAAUAAAAUUGGCAUAUCUGAACCUGAAGAAUUACAAGCAGAAAAAGCAAUUGAGCCUGAGAAAGUCCCAUCUGAAACUAAGGAAGACUUUGCGGAGAAAUUAGAAUCCUUCAAGGAAGAUGACUUACAGGACCAUGUGCCAGAAAAAGCAAUAUUUGAACCUUCAGAAAUUGUACAAGAAGAAAAGCUCGUUGAGGAUGAAAAGAAGCCAUCCAAACCCAAAAAACUGAAGAAGAAGCCCGAACCCGAGACAGCUAAAACCACUCUAGAGAAGGGUGUAGGUAAACCGAAAGAAAAAGAAGAUGAACCUACAAUAACACUGAAAUAUAAACAGAAAGAUAAACCUGAAGAUAUACCUGACAAAACUGAACUGAAGCCAUUCAUCAAAAAAGAAGAAAUUGAUGAACAAGUAACACAAGAGGAAACCACCGAAUUCCAAGAAGGCGUCGUUGUAAAAGAUUCAGAUAUAAAUAUCACUACCAAAGUAAAGAAAAUGAAGAAGAAAAUCAAGAAACCCAAGCCUGAGGAUCUAAAAGAAGUUUCACCUUCUGAAGACAUGGUGGUACAGGAUAUUCCGGAUGAAAUAAAAGAAGAUAAGCCUAAACCAGAAGUCAUAGAAGUGAAAAAUCUAGAAGUUGCGCCUAAAGAUAAUCUGAAAGAACCCAAUGAAAUUCCAAGGCCUGAAUCACCAGAAAAACCUCAAUUGCCCGUAAGCCAGACGAAAGAAAUAAUCGAAGAUGUGACCAAGACCAAAACAAUCAAAAAGAAGAAAGCACCUCAAUUCGAUGAAUCCAAAAUCGACGAAACCAAAACAACGCCGAAAGAAAAACCUCUAUUAUCGCUUAUCGAGCAUAUUCCUGUCAACAAACCGCAGAGACCUAUUAUCACUGAAAAUAUUCCUGAAUUCGCUGAAGUAAAACUGAAGAAACCCAAAGUGGUCAAAAAGGAAACCAUUAUCAGUACUAAAGUACCAAAAAUAAUGCUGAAAAGCCGAAUCAAAUUUGAAGAUUUCCCACCGCUUACAGAAAAAGAGCAACAUGCCAAAAUCACAGAGUUAGCCCCGUUAUAUAGAGACAAUGGUAUACUCUCCCGAAAUGUUGAGGAAGCAGAGACAGUGAAACCAAAACGUAAAAAACUUGUUAAGAGAAUCAAAGAACUCGAAAAGCUUGACAAGGAAUUCGAAGAACUCAAAAAAGCUGAACCCGAAAAGGUAGACAGCGAAUACAGAAAAAAACCAUUGAAACCUAAAAAAGGAAAACCAGUUCUCAUGAAAAUAGUGAGAGUAGAAGUAAUUGCACAAAAACCAAAAAUUGUAGAAAUUGUCUCUGAAAAAAUCAACCUUGCAGAUAUUAAACUCAAAACACCAAAGAUGAAAGCCAAAAAAGAAGAAGAAACUGUUAAGAUUCCGAAACUCAAACUGAAGAGCAGAAUCAACUUUAUUGAUUUUCCACCUUUAACAGAGAUUAUGCAAAAACCACAAAUCACAGAACUGAAUACAAUCCGAGAUAAAGGAGUGCUAUCUAGAAAUAUAGAAGAGGCUGGGAAAAUAAAAAAGCCGAAGCGCAGAAAGCUCAAAGAUGAAAAGCAUGUGACUCCAGAACUCGAAAAAGUUGAUUUGGAAAUUGAAGAUACCGAAAAGCCCAAACCGGAACAAAAGGAUGAAGCUCCGAAAUUCAAGAGAAUGCCUAAAGAUGUUACCGAGAUUGAAAAGGAAGAAAUAAAACCGAUCAAAAUAGGAAAAGGAAAAAUACCAGAGGAAAUAGAAAAAGUUGACGAACCAAUGAAACUCAAAAAAAUUACCCAAAAACCGUUAGAAGAAAAGGAAGAAGAAACUGUUAAAUCGAAACCAAAACCAGAAAAAGAAGAAGCUGUACCUUCUGAUAAAGUCCCAACUACAGAAGAACACAUCAAAUUUGAACCUUUUGAUCUAGUUCGAGAAGAACCAGAGAAAAUCGAAUACUCACCUCCUGAAGGUGAGAAAGGUGAAGAAAAGGAAAAACCCGAACCCAAAACAAAGUAUGUGAAGAAGAAGAAGAUAAAACCUAGUCCUGAAGUGGAAGAGACGGUUUUAGUAAAAGGGGUACCAAAACCACCUAAGGAAGAAGAGGAUGUGGAUGUAAAAUUCAAGAUACCUAGAAAAGAUAAACCGGAAGGUGAACCAGAAGGUAUUAAACUCAAACCAUUCAAGAAAAUGGAAGAAAGAGAAGAAAUGAAGGUUCUAGUUGAAGAAAUCGAAAAACCCACCCAAAAGGUAAUUUAUAUUAAACCAGAUUCCGAGGAAGAAACUACGGAGGUUCCAGAAGGAGAAACCAAAAAGAUUGUGAAGAAGAAAAAGAAAAUUAUCAAAAAACCGCUCGCUGAUGAGAACAAACCGGGAGAAGAAAUAAAACCCAAAGAAGAACUUGAAACGAAACCAGUUGAGAAGGAAGAAAAAGUUGUAGUCGAAGUCAGCUCACCAAUGAGAACUGAAACAAUAGAAGUUGAAAUUAAACCAUUCGAAAAAAUAGAGGAUGAAAGCCCUGAAAUGAAGGUUCGAAUUGAAGAGGUUGAAAAACCUACUCAAACUGUGAUUUAUAUUAAACCAGAGUCUGAAGAAGAUGGUAUGGAAGAAACAAAAGAAGAGACAACCAGGAAGAUUGUAAAGAAGAAGAAAAUCAUCACUAAACAGAAGACCCCAGAAGAAGAAACAAAAACCAAUGAAAGUGGUGAACCAAUACAAGUUGAGGAGGAAGAGAUAACUGAUAUCAAGCCCGAAAUACCAACCAAAGUUGAACCAAAAGAUGAACCUGAAGAACUCAAACUGAAACCGUUUAAGAAAACUGAAGAAAAUGGGGAAAUAAAGGUUCGAGUUGAAGAAAUAGAAAAGCCUGCUCAAACGGUAAUGUAUAUCAAACCAGAGUCAGAAGAAAAGGAUGAGGAAGAGAUAAAAGAAGAAAUAAUCAAAAAGAAAGUAAAGACGAAAAAGAAAAUCAUUGCAAAACCACCCACUGACGAAGAAAAUAGGCCUGAAGAAGAAAUAACUUCCAAGAAAGAGGAUGAAGCCAUACUAGUCGAGGAGGAAGAGCAAAGCAAAGAUGAACCAACAGGUGAACUUAAAGAAAUUAAACGGAAACCUGUCGAUAAAGUAGAUGAUGAUAAAAAACCAGAAAUGAAGAUACGAGUCGAGGAAAUAGACAAACCUACUCAAACGGUAAUUUAUAUUAAACCAGAAUCUGAUAAAGAUGAAGAGGAACAUGCAGAAGUAACCAAGAAGAUUGUGAAAAAAAAGAAAAUUAUCAAAAAACCUAGAACUGCUGAACAAAAACCAGAAGAGGAAAAACAAUCCGAAGAAGAAAUUGAAGAGAUAAGCGAAUUACUCCAGGAAGAAAAGAAACCUGAAAAAGCACCAGAAGAUACAUCAUUAGAAGAAAAGAUUUCAGAACUCAAACCAUCGAUGGAUGAAAAAAUAAUGAACGAAGAACAAAUUCCUGAUGUCGUUAAGUUAGAAGAAGUACCAGUGAAAAAGCCCAAAAAGCCAGUUAAACCAAAAUCUGAGGUGAAAAUGCCCAAAUUCAAACUGAAGAGUCGAAUAAACUACAUCGAGUUUCCACCAACUACAGAAAUAAUGCAGACAUCAAAAGUUACACUGUUAGAUACAAAACGUGAUAAUGGAGUUAUUUCUAGGAACGUUAAAGAAGCCGAAAAAGUUAUAAAAACCAAACGGAGGAAGCUGAAGGAUGUGGACAAGGGACUCCAAGAUCUAGAAAAAUUAGAUCAAGAAUUCGAAGAACUGAAGAAAACCCAGCCUGAGAAAGUUGACGAAGCUUUCAAGUAUGAGAGAAAGCCAAAGCAAAAGCCAGAGGAUGUUGAGGAAACCACAGUCCCUCUAAAACGAGGAAAAGGUAAAGCGCCCGAUGAAAAAGAUGAAGAAGAAGUUGUUAAACUUAAAAAGGCACCAACUAAGGAAACCGACACACUACCAGAGGACGUUGUCAAGGAGAAGUCUGUAAAAGAUGACGAAGCUAAAGUAAGAGGGAAAAAACCAACAGAAAAAUCCGAUGUUCCGCCAUUUGAUUCUUUCGAUCUAGAGAGAGACAUUCCUGAUAAAACAGAACUAGAGCUGACACAAAUAGAAGAGAUCGACAAAGAUACGCAUGAAAAACCCAAGUCCAAGUACAAACCUAAGAAAAAAGAAAUAAUUCCCCCGGAAACAAUUGAAACUACACUCGAGAAAGGUAAACCAAAGGAUAUGACAGAGAAAGAAACUGAUGAUAUGAAACUACGAAUUCCUUCAAAAGACAAGCCCGAAGAGGAGCCUGGAGAAAUAACUCUGAAACCAUUCAAAAAAUCUGAAGAUGAAAUCGACCAAAAGACUGAAGAAGAACUACCGCAAAAACCUCUCACAGGAAGAGAAACCAGUCCAAAAACAGACGCCUAUGUGGAGAAACAGAAGAAAAAAUCAACCAAAGUCAAAAAAGAACGAAAACCAAAAGAGGAAACUCCUGAAGAGAUAUCACAACCUCUGGAUAUUUCAAUGGAUACCGUUGUUAUGAAACAGAAAAAGUCGGUUGAACCAACAGAAGAAGAACAAGUAACUGUCGUAUCAUUCAAACCAAAACCAGAAGAAACAGAAACUAUUAAAGAAGAUAUCAUUAUUGACAAACACGUACCAGCUCCUACAGAAAUUUCUGAAAUUACUGCUGAAGCUGAAAUUGUCUUGGAACCACUUAUCGAAAAACCACAAGAAAUAGAGGAAGUGGUCAAGAAACAAAAGAAAAUAAAGAAAACGAAACCUGAAGCACCAAAAUCUCCUAAGGAAGUAACAGAAGUACCCGAGGUUUCCAAAAAGGAUUCUGAAGAAUUCCCUACUGAAAAAUUGACAGAGAACGGGACAGUUGUAGAAGAUGCCCAUGUUGUAGAAGUUACCGUCAAAGAUAAACCAAAGCCCAUCGAAGAACUCCAAGAUGAAGUUUCUAUGAAAGAGGAAAAAUUACCCGACCACGAAAAACUUGAACCUGAAGAAGAACACAAAGAGAAAAUUGAAAAAGUCAAAAAACUUUCGCCAGAAAAAAUUUUCGAAAAAAAACCUGAGAAGACAGAGAUUGAAGAGAAGUCCGGAGUUGAAGAUGGAAAAAAAAUUGUCAUAAAACCACCUACUGAAGACAAAGAAGAAGUGACUGUCAAAAAACCUAGAAAGAAACCUCAAGUGGAAGAAGAAUGUGAAAGUGAAAUCGCAAUAAAGAGAUUUGUUCCCGAUAAGGAAGAUGAGGUAGCAGUAACUCUGAAGAAACCUAUAGAUCAACCACGAAUAGAGGAUGAAGAAGAGGUCGAAGUAACAGUAAAGAAGGUCAUUCCAAUAAAAGAGAGCGAAACUGAGAAAGUGGACUUUAAACCUCCCACUGAAGAGAAGGUCGAAGUAACAAUCAAAAAGCCCAAAAAGGAACCUCAAGUACAAGAUGAAGCCGAGGCUGAAAUUACGGUCACAGAAAAUAAAGAAGUAAUCAUUAAACCACCAGUUGAAGAUAAGGAGGAAGUUUCCAUCAAAAAACCCAAGAAUGAACCUCAAAAAGAAGAUGAAGGUGAAGCAGAAAUAACAAUCAGGAAAGUCGUGCCUGUGGAGGAUGACAAAGAAUUAAUUGUAAAACCAGCAGUUGAGGAACAGACAGAAGAACCUAUUAAGAAGUCAAAAGAAAAACCACAAGAAGAAGAUGAAGGUGAGGAUGAAGUCACGGUGAAAAAAUUGAUUCCUGUUGAAGAUGAUAAAGAGGAAGAAGUUACCAUUAGACCUCCCGUCGAAGAAGAAUCGAAGGUAACUAUCAAAAAACCUAAAAAGAAACCACAAGUAGAAGACGAGGGUAGAGCUGAAGUUACAGUGAAGAAAAUAAUUCCUGGAGAUGAUGAUGAGAAAGAACUUACCAUUAAACCUCCCGCUGAAGAAGAAGCUAAGGUCACUAUCAAGAAGCCUAAGAAGAAACCCCAAACAGAAGACGAGGAUGGAGCGGAAGUUACUGUGAAGAAAUUGAUUUCUGUUGAAGAAAUUUCAAAACCUUUCGUUGAAGAAGAAGCAGAAGUUACUAUCAAGAAACCUAAGAAGAAACCUGAAAUAGAAGAUGAAGGUGAAGCUGAAGUCACAAUAAAGAAGUUUACUCCUAUUGAAGAUGAUAAAGAAACUGUAGAAGAAGCAGAGGUUACCGUUAAAAAACCUAGAGAAAAACCUCAAGUAGAAGAUGAAGGUGAAGCUGAAGUUACAGUAAUAAAAUUAAUUCCUGUUAAAGAUGACGAAGAGGAAGUUACCAUAAAACCCCCUGUUGAAGAAGAAGAAGUAACUAUCAAGAAACCUAAGAAGAAACCUGAAAUAGAAGAUGAAGGUGAAGCUGAAGUCACAAUAAAGAAGUUUACUCCUAUUAAAGAUGAUAAAGAAGUUGAAGAAGAAGCAGAGGUUACCAUUAAAAAACCUAGAGAGAAACCUCAACUAGAAGAUGAAGGUGAAGCUGAAGUUAUAGUGAAGAAAUUUAUUCCUAUUAAAGAUGAUAAAGAAGAAGCUGCAGAAGAAGCAGAUAUUACAAUUAAAAAACAUAGGGAGAAACCUCAAGUAGAAGAUGAAGGCCAAGCUGAAGUUACAGUAACAAAAUUAAUUCCUGUUAAAGAUGACAAAGAAGAGGAAGACACCAUAAAACUCCCUAAUGAAGAAGAAACCAAAGUAUCUAUUACGAAGCCCAAAAAGAAACCUCGAAUAGAAGACCAAAAUGAUGCUGAAGUAACAAUUAAUAAAUUCGUCCCAGUGGAAGAGGAUGAAGAAAUUGUCGUUAAAGAAAUGACUAUCAAGAAACCGAAGAAGAAACCUGAAACGAAAGAUGAUAGUGUGGCUGAGUUUACAGUAAAAAAAUUUACUCCAUCUGAAGACGAUACAGAAGAGAUGAUAACUAAACCUCCUAUGGAGGAUGAAACAAGACUGACAGUGAAAAAGCCAAAAGAAAAAACAAAAUCCGAAGAUGGAGAUGAAGCUGAAGUGACAGUUAGAAAGUUUGUUCCGAUAGAAGAUGAAGAGGAAGUGAUCGUACCAAAGCCUGAAGAACCAGAGGUAACAGAAGAAACACAAAUAACAGUGAAAAAACCGAAAUCGAAAAAGAAACCAAAAGCCAGUACAGAAGAUAGUGUCAAAGUAACUAUCAAGAAAACAGAACCGACACCGGAGACCAAGGAAGAUACAGAAAUCCAGCUUAAAAUCAAGUCCGAAAAACCUGCGGAAGAAGAAGUUGAUGAAAUCACAGUCAAAAAACUUGAUAUAAAAGUGCCAUCUGACGAUGAGGAAGCAGAAUUUGAAUUGAAGAAGCCUCAAAAGGCUUCCGAAGAAGACGAAGAAGUUAUUUUUAGAAAAGACAAGAAGCCAGAUCAAGAAACGGUUCAAUUCACCGCGAAGAAACCUCUUACCAGGAAACCUUCUAUCGAGGAACAUUCUGAAGAGAUUACAAUUAAAAAAUUGAAACCAGUGAGAAAACCGUCUAAGCCCGAUAUUCCUGAAUUUACCGAAGUAGAAACGGUCACUUUCAGACCGAGGACGACCAAAACAAAAGAAGAUGUCGAACAGGAAUUCAAGAUAUCGCUGGAUUCAUACGCUGAAGAAGAGAUAUCUCUCUCAACUAGGGUAAAAUUGAAGAAACAAAAGCCCCUUACUUAUUCCGAAGAAGCGGCAGAGGAUACUGUUAAAAUAACUCAAGAAGUUGAAGAAGAAGGUCCUACUAUAGAGGAAAUAAUAGACGAAGGAAGUGAUGCUGAAGAGCUUCCCCUUGACGAAGAUGAAGUUUCGGAAAGCUUCCACGUAGCAUUCAAACGAAGACCGUCCAGGAAGUACUCAGUAGUCGAAGAAAAUGAGGAAGAAGUUAGUCUGAAAACUCCAGUUAAACAAGUCGAGUACGGAGAAGAAUAUGUUACAGUGAAACCAAAAAGGAAGGAAUCCGUCACUUUUGAACAAGAAGCCGUCACACUGAGCAUCACGAAAGAAAAAGAGAUUUUCGAAGAAGUCGUUCACGAGGAGGAAGUUGAGACCGGAGAUCUGUUUUAUUCAAUCACCUUUUACGAGGCGGAAGCAGAUCAAGCAAUCGAUAUGGUUGAAGGCGAGAAGGUAUAUGUGAUCGAAACGCCAGACGCAGACUGGUGGCUAGUGAAGAAGCAUCUAACCGAAGAAACUGGCUGGGUGCCUGCCAAAAUUCUCAUGAGUGAACCAGCAUAUACCAAAUACGUUCAAAGAAAACUCAACGAGAAAAUUGAUAAGCUACCAGUUUUUGAAAAAUCAAAGUCGCCUGAGAAAGCCGCAGCUCCCAAAUUCGUCAAGAAGCUACAACCCGUAAUCACACCCGAUGGAUACACCGUUCACUUUGAGUGCAAAGUCGAAGGUUUCCCUAGACCUCAAAUCACUUGGUUCAGGCAAACCCACAUCAUCAAAACAUCCACGGACUUCCAAAUGUACUACGACGAAGACAACGUAGCUACACUCAUAAUAAAGGAAGUUUUUCCGGAAGACGCUGGUACCUUCACUUGCGUCGCCAAAAAUUCAGCUGGGUUCGCUUCUAGCACUACAGAGCUCAUAGUAGAGUAUCCCUUGUCGUCGCACGGUUCUGAUUUGACGACAAUUUCAAGGAAAAGUUUAUCCCGAACCUCAUCCCUCGCGGACAUACUCGAAGGCAUUCCACCUACCUUCGCUACCAAGCCAGAACCCCAAUGUGUUCCAGAAGGAACAGACGUCGUGGUUGACAGCACUCUAGUCGGGGUACCUGAACCAGAAAUCAAAUGGUACAGAAACGGUAAACGAGUCAGCGCAAAGGGUAACGUCACGAUAGUGUCCACUUCAGAAACGCACACUUAUAAGACAAUACUGAAAAUUAAGAAGGUCCUCAAGAAACAAGAAGGUCACUAUAAGAUCGUUGCUAAGAACAGAGAAGGAGAAGCUUCUGUUGAGUUCACUCUGAAGGUAUUCACAGACGAGAAAGAAGGGCCGGAAGUCAUAGAACCACUCACAUCUCUCACAGUGAGGAAGAGUGAGACAAUAACUCUCAAAACUGUCAUUGUGGGUAACCCGGAACCAAACGUGGAAUGGUUCAAAAACGAUCAACCUAUAACAAGGCCAAAACCAAAGAAGGAAGGACACACCUACAAGUUAACCAUUAUAAAAACUUCCGAAAACGAUACGGCUAAGUACACUGUCAAAGCCAAGAAUCCAGUAGGUAUUGCUGAAACAUCCGCACACUUGACAGUUGAAGAAUUCCCAGAAAACGAAGAACCUCCACUCUUUAUUAAACGAUUCGAGGAGCAAAACGUACCGGAGAAGAGCCCCUUGGUCCUGAGAGCGAAGGUUACAGGCAACCCCACCCCAGAAGUCUAUUGGUUACGUAACAACGAGCCUCUGGAGUCUUCAGAAAGAAUAAGAAUUAUUUACGAUGGCGAAAACGUAGAGCUGUCGAUAAAAGAAACCAACUCCGAACUAGACACCGGUGAUUACAAGUGCGUUGCCAUCAACCGUCUUGGUAAAGCUUCGCACGGUGCUAAAGUUUCAAUCGAGGUCGACACCGUCAAGUUUACGAAAACCCUUAAGGAGGUCUACGAAACUUCAGAACGUGAAACCAUCGAGCUUGAGUGCGAGACAUCGCACUCUGUUAGGACAAAAUGGUGGUACAACAACACCGAGAUCAGCGGAAUGGAUCACAGAGUUGUGGUUCAAGAUGGUCGCACUCACAAACUGCUCAUUAAAAAUAUCAGCCAGAACGACGAAGGUCGGUACAAAUGUACUGUGAAAAACCAGAAGACCGAAACUACCGUCAACGUCAAGCAGAGAAAGCUGGAAUUCGUCAGGAGGUUGCAGGACCUAGAGAUAACAGAGAAAGACACCGCCAUUUUAGAGGUUGAGAUCACAUCAGAUACGGCUGAAGUCAAAUGGUGCAAAGACGGAGCAGUUCUGGAAGAUACUGAUAAGUUUGAAGUGGAGAGCAGAGGAGGUGUGAGAAAACUUCUUAUACGCAGUACCUCUAUCCACGAUGAGGGUGAAUAUACUUGCAUACUAGCUGACGAUGAGUGUAAAGCAGAGGUUGUGGUCAUUGAACUUCCACCAGAGAUCAUCACACCACUCCAGGAUAAGACUGUCAAUAAAGGUGAUAAGACUGUUUUCGAAAUCGAGCUAUCCAAGGGUGAUGCUCUUGCAAGGUGGUACAAGGAUGGCAAAGAAAUACAGUUCUCUGAGCACAUGCAACUGUCCAUCGAUGGUAAGAGGCAGAAAUUGAAAAUCUACAACACCGAACCGGAAGAUGAAGGCGUAUACUCUUGCGAGGUCGGUACCCAAUCGUCAAAAGCAAGACUCACGGUACAAGUUCCAUCGUGUACUUUCAUCAGACCUCUACCAGAAUUUAUCAUCGUUCCAAUUAACACGGAUGCCGUAUUCGAAGUAGAACUGUCGAAAGAUGACGUAGAGGUGACCUGGUUCAAAAACAACAAACGUAUCGUGAAAUCGUCAAGAUACUCCAUACACGAAGAACAAAGAGUGAGGAAAUUGAUAGUUCACAACACCACCUUUGAGGAUGAGUUAGAGUAUAGCUGUACAGUUGAGAAGUAUCAACUCAAGACGUCAUCUAAGUUGAAGAUUGGCGACAAACCAUCUCCUCCACGAGGUCCACUGGAGGUAUCCGGAAUGUCAGACACUUCAUUCACCAUUGAAUGGCAACCUUCAGAAAGCGACGGUGGUUCUCCCAUCAUUGAGUACAUCGUCGAAAUGAAAGAAACAAAAUCCAAGAAAUCGUUCAAGAAACUCGGAUCCACAAAGGCAGACGACACGAAUAUUCCUGUCAACUAUUUGGAAAAGGGCCACGAAUACAGUUUCAGAAUCACUUCUAGGAAUGCCAUAGGCAUUAGCGAGCCAUUCUUACCAGAGGAAAGCAUCAUAGCAGGCUCAAGGCUAAGAAUUCAUUAUCAGUUUGAAAAGACCGAUGAAACGCUGUACUGUCUACUAGGAAUAUUCCCCCCAGCAAAAUUGGGAAUAAAUACUCCACCUUCACCACCAAUCAAUUUGAAAAUAAAGGACCUAACCAGUCGAAGUGCCACCCUUACAUGGGAACCACCGCUAAACAAUGGCGGUACAGAAAUAACAGGAUACAUAAUUGAAAAGAAAUUGGAAUACAUGCCGAAAUGGGAGAAAGUGUACACACUGGAGGCUUUCUCUUUAGAAUAUACAUUCGAAAACCUCAAAGAAAAAAGUGACUACAUCUUCAGGGUCUACGCUGAAAAUUCGGUAGGAUUAAGUCCGCCCGCUACUUCUGAAGUCGUGCACAUGAGAACCCUAGCCACUGUCCCGUCCCCUCCAACUCCUCCCCUAGAGAUAAGGACAAUAGGGCCGAACGCCAUUGUCAUCGAAUGGGGAAUCCCAGAAUCAGAUGGCGGUGCUCCGCUUCUUGGCUAUAAUAUAGCCAUCAGAGAUACCAAGAAAACCAUGUGGAUGGAGAUCGGCAGAGUACAAAAAGGGGUUCAGAAAUUCACCAUCAGAGAUCUUCAAGAAGACCACGAAUACAUGAUUAGGAUAUUCGCAAAGAAUGAAAUCGGUUUGAGCGAACCAUUAGAGUCGGAUGAACCAUUCAAAGUUCUUCCUUCAGGAGAAACGGAUCAAGAUGACUUUAGAGAAGCUACCGACAGAGAACCAACUUCAUACAGCACAGAAACGUCAACAUCUUGGUUGAGAGAUAACAGUAUGGAUGCGGACAUCCAUUCAUACUCUAAGGGAACUCUCCUGAAGAAAGACGAGUACUUCUUCCGAAUAUGGUGCUACGCUACUAAGCUGUUCAAGUAAAUAUUUUUUCCAAAGUUGUACAUAUUCCCUAAUUAGGACGUUUACUUUUAGAGUUUUAAUACUGAUUAUGACUUUUUCACGUGUUUAUAUUUGCAAGAGGCUGAAGCUAGAUUUGCGUUGGAGCAAGUUUGCGAAUUGCGAGACGAGUGAAGAAUUAUCAAAAUGAAAACGGUUGCUCUGAUGCAACUCUAGUUUGAGCUGUAUUUGAUAAGGAUACUGUGAUACUGGAUGAUUUUAAACGAGCAGGUGUGCUCACUUACGACAAUGAAAUUAAUUUUUUUUUUGUUAUUAAGUUGUGCA